GGUCCUCCCGGGGGGUGGGAGGAGGAGGAGAAAAGGCGUUGUGUGCACUCGAGGAUCUGCCUCGUUCGCUUGAUAUUUAUUUAUUUCCAUCCUCCCUAGAGCUGGGCAGGUGGGCGGAAAGGAGGGCGCAGGAGCUGAGCAUCCAAGCAGGGAGCAGCUGAGACGGAUGCCCCGGCAGCCUCGCUAGCUCGGCCUCCUCUCUCCGCGGUCCCAUUUUUUUGUGGGUGCUUGGGCAUGGAUUUCAACAUGAAGAAGCUAGCCUCCGACGCGGGCGUUUUCUUCACCAGGGCUGUUCAGGUAAGAUAGAGGAGGAGAGAAAUAAAAAGCAGUCCCAGGGCAUUGUUACCAGGAACUUAAUUGCGCGCGGGGGGUGGGGUUCCCUCCGUCUGUUGCACUGAGGAAAAGAUGUUUACUUGCUUAUGUCUCCCCGCACUCCGCUUCCAGCGUCAAGGGGUUUAAUAGAACAGAUGCUACUUCAGUUUCUGACCUUGCGCUUAAAACUGUGCUUGCAUAUAAAAUACACCACCCCAUAUAGAUACAGAUAUAGAUAUUCCCAACUGCUGUUUUUAAUGAACAGAUUUUCCCAGCCUGUCUCCUACAUAUAACUGCAUUGGCCAAGACACUUAAAAACUGGCAUUUGAAAAAUCGUAUCUAUAUAUCCACACAUGGUUUCCUGCAGAUGGAUCAGAUCGGCUUCCUUUUAAUAUAAUUUUUGUAGUUUUUCUUCUAUAAGUAAAUUGGUUUUGCAGCCUGGUUCCUGCCUUUGUGGGUGGGCUUUGAUCCAUAAUCUCUGCAAACAAUUUUUUACCUCUAUCUCCUAGAAUCUCUGGUACUGGGAGCUUAUUUAACUAAUGGCUGAGUGUUUUGUGGGUAGGGGAGAGUUAAGUUCCCUGGUAGAGGGUUGAGUCUGGCAGUAUUCUCCCCUCCACAAAAAAACCCCCACACCUUGAUUUAUCUAGCUGCAGUCCCCUGAUAAUAGCAAGUGUGACAUUUUAUACAGUGCCUGGAUUGUACGCUGUUCCUGCAAAGAGACAGAUGGUUAGAAGUGAGGUUGGCCCAUCUGAUGACUUAUGCAGCAGUGGAGAGGGCUUGAUUCUAAAGCUGGCUAGAAACCUCCUGAGUGGGCUUCUCAUCUCCACAGUUGACCCACUAUCUUUGCAGUAUAAAUGUGAAAAGGUUUUUCAGUAAGGGAACCUACCAUGCAGCAGACUGUAUUGCAGCUUUGAGGGUAAAUCAACUCUACAAUAGAUUGGUGGUAGAGCAGCUGCUUGGUAUAUAGAAGGCCCCAGGUUCAAUCCCCAAAGGCAUCUCUAGGCAGCGCUGGGAAAUAAACUCACUGUCUGAAACCCAGGAAAGCUGCUGCAAGUCAGACGAUACUGAGCUAGGUAGGCCAAGGGUUUGACUGUCUUCCUAAGAAGGGCCAUAACUCAGUGACAGAGCAACUGCUUUGUGUGUAGAAGGUCCCAGAUUCAAUCCUCAGCAGCAUCUCUAGCUAGGGUUGGGAGACUGGACAGUAUUGAACUGGAUGGACCAAUGUUCUGGCUCUGUAUCAGGCAGUUUCCUAUGUAAACAUGGGCCCUCUAGCAUGUAUCUAGGAUUGCCUUCUUACUCAGGAGUAAAGCACAAGCCUGCUAAGGAUAGGGCCUGAGCGUUUGCUUCUGGGAUUGCAGCCUUGCUUGAGUGUAAGCCCCAUCGAACUUGACAUUUGCUUUGUCUAAAUAAACUUGCCCAAGAUCAGGGAGGCCUGUAAUUUGUGCCUUAUUCGGGCUCAAAAGGCAGGUGUGUCUGCUGCUGUUCUAUCAAAAAGCGUGAUGCGUACUUCAUGGCCUCUUCGGCUGGAACCCUUUGAAGUUACGCACUUAAUUCGCCUGUCCUAAACAUGUAAUGUGAUGAAACCAAACUGUUGUAACUCUACUUGCCCGUCUCCAUUUCUUGAGAGGUCCCUCCUCUUCCUCGCCUCUGAAAUCUAGAUGUGUAACCACCAUAGGGCAGCUGCUGGUCUGGUCUUAUAGUCCAGUAUGAACAUGGAGCUACAUGGACUUUGCGCAUACCAUACAUUUAAACUGCAGGGCUUCCCCCAAACACUCCUGCAAGUUGUAGUUUACUAAGGGUGCUGGGUAUCGUAGUUCUAUGUGGGCGGGGGGGGGCAAACUAUCAUGGGAAAGCCAUGUGCUUUAAAUGUACUGGGUGUACGCAGCGAUAGGCCUCAUCUGCACUUGUAAUUAGCAGCAGUAUCAUACCACUUUAAACAAUGAUUACUCCCCCACCCAGUUGUCCAAGGAACUGUAGUUUACCCCCAGCACCCCUAUCAAACUACAAUUCCCAGGAUUCUUGGGGGGAGGAAAUGUUCUUUAAAUGUAUGGUAUGUAUGCAGCCAUAAAUAGAUUACUGCAGGGUUUGCACUCCUUAUUUCACUUUCUUGGCUGAGACCUCUCUGUAGGGACUAUUUGAAAUCCCUGCAGUGGGGAGAGUUGCUGUUAUACUUGGUUGCUGCUUGGUGGCUUCCCAUUGGGACAUCUGGUUGCCCCCAGCAGUCGGGCUCUUUCUAUGUUCAUGGAAUCCUGUUGGAUAUCACUGAUACUGAUAUUGAACAGUAGCUGCUAGUCAGCACCGCACCCUGGGUCCUGCCUUAUGGUCUUCCAGGGUUUUAGGGUUGGGACCUACAGAGCCUAUUGCUGAAUCCUUUGGCCCUUAAAAUCAUGUGAGCAGAUAAAUUUGAUGCCUUGAAGUAUGGAAACUAGUGGAAGAACCUCCAACUGCGUUGAAAAGCAUGUAAGAAGCUUGCCUUACACAGAGUCAAGCCAUUGGUCCCAUCCAGCUCUGCAUUGUCUACGCCCGGGAGCCAGAACCGGCCCAAUUGCCUUCUAAAUCCGGCCUGCGGAAGGUCCGGGAACCAGCAUGUUUUUACAUGAGUAGAAUGUGUCCUUUUAUUUAAAAUGCCUCUCUGGGUUAUUUGUGGGGCAUAGGAAUUCAUUCAUUCCCCCCAUAAAAAAAUAUAGUUUGGCCCCCCACAAGGUCUUAGGGACAGUGGACCAGCCCCCUGCUGAAAAAGUUUGCUGACCCCUGGUCUACGCUGAUGGGCAGCAGUUCUUCAGGGUUUCAGGCAGCCCCAUCUGGACAUGCCAUUGGGGAUUGAACCUGGGACGUUCUGCAUGCAAAGCAGAUGCUCUACUGCUGAACCACCCCAGAUCUACAGUACCUGCAAUUCUCACUUAAACGACGAGGAAAUGCAGUGUCUCACAAUGAGCCCCAGUUUUGAAGCCUUGCAGCUGCCUUCUAAAUCAAUCUCUUCUCAGGAGGGAGGCUUUUCAUGGACAAGGUACUGAGUUCAUGGUGUUGGCCCAUCUUGGAUAAUGGCACAUAUGUGAUUAGAAGGUUAGCCAGUUGACAGGCUCUGUUUGAGUUGGCAAGUCAGUGGUGUCAAGGUUGAAAGAAUGUCCUGUUUCAUUUUGUUUUUAAAGUGCAGGCUGGAGCUGUACCGUGAUCUAAUCUAAUCUUGCCACGUUUGCUUCUGUUGUGUACUAGAGAUGAAAAAGCUUCUGAGACUUGGCACGUUUGUCAGCUGGAUUUAUUCACCUGGAUGUUUUCUGGUUCCCUUCUUCAGUAAAUCAUUGUCUAUAUUUUGUGGGUUUUGGAGAUGCCAAAUGAACCCUCUUGUUAGUCUGAGCAGGUAGAGUUGUUGUCCCAAAUCCAUAAAAAUGAAGUCCAGGUUGGGUGUGGUAGGUGCAUCAGGUGUCUUGUGCAAGAAUGGGGAACCUCUGGCCUUACAGGUGUUGCCAGCUCCCCAACAUUGUUCCUGAUCCUUGACCUUUUACAGAAAUGGUCAAGCUCAAUGGUGGAGCUUUGCAUGUAGAAGGUCCUGAGUUUCCCCCCUGUUUUUAUCACCAGGUAGGGUUGGGAACAUCGGUGGCGCUGUGGUCUAAACCACAGAGCCUAGAGCUUGCCGAUCGGAAGGUCGGCGGUUUGAAUCCCACGACGGGGUGAGCUCCUGUUGCUCGGUCCCAGCUCCUGCCAACCUACCAGUUUGAAAGCAUGUCAAGUGCAGGUAGAUAAAUAGGUACUGCUCCAGCAGGAAGGUAAACGACGUUUCCGUGCGCUGCUCUGGUUCUCCAGAAGUGGCUUAGUCAUGCUGGCCACAUGACCUGGAAGCUGUCUGCGGACAAACACCAGCUCCUCAGCCUAUAGAGCGAGAUGAGCGUGCAACCCCAGAGUCGUCCGCAACUGGACCUAAGAGUCAGGGGUCCCUUUAACUUUACGGUUGGGAACAUCCCUUGUGCAAAAAAGCCUGGAGAGCUACUGCCAGUCAAUGUAGGCAUUACUCAGCUGGAUAGACCAGUUGUCUGACUUGGUAAAAGACAGCAUCCAAUUCAGCCCUUCUGUUUGUAACCAUGAAGACUAGAAUCUUACGUUAUUUUUAAGGCAAAGGUUGUAGCUAAGCAGCAGAGCCUUUGCCUUGCACGCAGCUGGUCCCAGGUUCAAUCCCUGACGUCUCCAGAUAGGGUUGGGAAUGUUCCUUGGAUAGCUGUUGCUGGUCAGUGUGGGCAAUGUUGAGCUAGAUGGACCAAUGGUCUGACUCGCCCCACGGUGGAGAGGAAGGGGCAGUAGGGCUUGCUUUGUCUCUGCUUAGUCUUCCCCUGCAGAGGAUAAGGGGUUGGGGGACCAUGUACUCCACUAUGAGCUCUUUGCAGAAAGGAUGGAAUAAAAACAUACUGUAUUGGCCUGAAUAUAAGCCCCACUUUCCCCCUAAAUUCCGACCGUGAAAAGUGCGGCUUAUAUUCACGACCUUACAGUGUGCAGCCAGGAGCACGGGGGCAAACAGCGCCAGGAGCAGGCAACGCCGUGUCUGCCCCAUGUGUAGUCCCCCGUCCUCUCUCGCAAGGCCAGGAAGGGAGAGAGCGAGGAAGGGGAAAGGCCGCUGGCAACGCAGUGCGGCUCCAAUCCACCCCCCACCCCCAGUAUGCAGCCAGGAGCAGCGAGGAAUGGAGCAGCUUAUAUUCGGAUAUUUAUUUCUUUCCCCCCCUCCAAUUUUAAAAGUGUGGCUUAUAUUCGGGUGCGGCUUAUAUUCGGGCCAGUACAGUAAUACAUGGCUGCCUGUCGCUUAAGGUUUCUCUGUACAGGUGCUCAUGGCUGAUGGUCUGCCUUUGGAGCAGUUCAUAUAAAGAGAAGAAGAGGCUGGUAUAAAUAUGUUUUAAGUGUUUUAAGUUUAAACAUCUAAACUGUAUAUGAUUCAGCACAUAUAUGCACACCCCAGCACCAUUUCAAUGUCACCUAUUGAAAUUGGCAGUGUUACCGGGAAAUUUAAAACAGGUUUGCAAAUCUAUUCAUGGGUAUUGGUCAUUUUUUACCCUCAAAGAACAGCAGCAGCAAAACCAAACUUUCCUUUUGUGAAGCUUCCAAGCUUGCCAACAUGCCAGUGUGGUGCAGUGGUUAGAGGGUCAGAGUAAAACCUGGGAGACCCUGGUUCAAAUCCCCCACUCAGCCAUGAAGCUCACUGGCUGGACCUGAGCUAGUCACUGCCUCACACCUAACCUAUUUCACCAGCCCCAGAUAGCACGGCCAGCAGUUGGGGAUGAUGGGACGUGAGCAACAUAUGGAGGGCCAAAGGUCUGAACUGCUACACUUUGUUGCACCCCCACUUCAGUAGUCUCUGACAUAUGCAGACCAUAGAAUAGUAGAACCAUAGAACUGUAGAGCUGGAAGGGCCUCCAAGAGUGAUCUAAAGGUAAAGGUACCCCUGACCGUUAGGUCCAGUCGCAGUCGACUCUGGGGUCGCACGCUCAUCUCGCUCUAUAGGCCAGGGGAGCUGGCGUUUGUCAGCAGACAGCUUCCGGGUCAUGUGGCCAGCAUGACUAAGCUGCUUUUGACGAACCAGAGCAGCGCAUGGAAACACCGUUUACCUUCCUGCCAGAGCGGUACCUACUUAUCUACUUGCACUUGACGUGCUUUUGAACUGGUAGGUUGGCAGGAGCUGGGACCGAGCAACGGGCGCUCACCCCGUUGCCGGGAUUCGAACUGCUGACCUUCUGAUGGGCAAGCCCUAGGCUCUGUGGUUUAGACCACAGAGCCACCCACGUCCCUGAGAGUGAUCUAAAAAGGUAAAGGUAAAGGGACCCCUGACCAUUAAGUCCAGUCGUGACCGACUCCUGGGUUGCGCACUCAUCUCGCUUUAUAGGCCGAGAGAGCUGGCGUUUGUCCGCAGACAGCUUCCGGGUCAUGUGGCCAGCAUGACUAAGCCGCUUCUGGCGAACCAGAACAGCGGAUGGAAAUGCCGCUUACCUUCCUGCCAGUAGACCUAUUUAUCUACUUGCACUUUGACGUGCUUUCGAACUGCUAGGUGGGCAGGAGAGAGUGAUCUAGUCCUGUUUAAAAUAAAAAAGUGUUGUGUAGCGCACCAGUCUGAGCUGUUUGUUUGUGGGAUGACUAGCUUUUGAGCAAGUUGUUAUUGCUGUUGUUUUUUUAAUCGAAAGGACAAGCACCGUCUCUUGCUUCAGAGUCUGUGCAGAGGAUGGUUUGUCUCAUAGUUAUGAAAAGGAGCAGAUGGAGUCUGACUUUCCAGCAGUGUAAAAGGAGGGAGGAGAGUGAAACUCCUGGUGUGCAAGAAAUUGUGUUUUAAACCUUCCAUCUCAGAGAUGCGGAAGGUUCUUCUGCGGAUACAUUUUCAUUUGGCCUACACAGAACCUCUGCCGUCCUUCGAGGCUGGACUUUUGUGGUGAUGUUUUAUUUUCUGGGCACUUAAAAAGCUCAGUGUUUUGUACCUGGUGGAAAAUGUGCUAUUUAGGAGGGCUAGCAACAUCUUGUCUUUAGGAACAUUAGUGUGUUGGGUCCACGCUGUACUGUUUUGCCUAAACUGACUGGCAACAGACCUUCUCCACCCUCCUUUUCAACCUGGAACCUCCUGCAUCCAAAGCAGAUGCUUUGUCACUGAGCUACAGCCAUUUCCCUGAAAAGCAAGAUGCUAGGUCCCAUAGUUUUGAAUAAAGAAUUAAUUGAAAACAGGAAUCUAGCUCAGUAUCAUCUAGGCUGGAUCUAGACACAUCAGAGAAGUGUUUCAGUUUAAAGUGUUGUAAAUAUAAACAGGGAAAACAGGUAGAGAAAAAUGGAACUCCACAUCGCCACCUGGUGGCACAAUGUUAUAUCACAUGUACAGUGCAUAUAAAGGGUAAAGGGACCCCUGACCAUUAGGUCCAGUCGUGACCGACUCUGGGGUUGCGGCGCUCAUCUCGCUUUAUUGGCCGAGGGAGCCGGCGUACAGCUUCCGAGUCAUGUGGCCAGCAUGACUAAGCCGCUUCUGGCGAACCAGAGCAGCACACGGAAAUGCCGUUUACCUUCUCGCUGGAGCGGCUCCUAUUUAUCUACUUGCACUUUGACAUGCUUUCGAACUGCUAGGUUGCCAGGAGCAGGGACCGAGCAACAGGAGCUCACCCCGUCGCGGGGAUUCGAACCGCCGACCUUCUGAUCGGCAAGUCCAAGGCUCUGUGGUUUAACCCACAGCACCACCCGCGUCCCCAUAUACUGUAUACUAUACCGUAAAUAGCUUUUUCUUUACCAGUCUAUCUGAGCCCCUACCCUGACAGGCAGGGGCUCUCCAGGGUUUCAGGCAGGAGACAAUCCCAGCCCUUCCCUGAAGAUCCCAUCUGGGAUUGAACCUGGGACCUUCUGCAUGCCAAGAAGGUGCUCUACCGCUAAGUUACAACCCUCUCUCAUUUAAAAUAAUGGGCAUGGAGAACUUGGCUCCAUUCCUGUGGGUCUGCUCUUACUUGGAUAUAACCCUUGGAAUUAUCUGCCAUGUCCACACCCAUAUAUUUAAAGCACACCUCAGAUAAUCCUAGAGACUGUAAUUUGUUAAAGGUGCUGGAAUUGUAGUGCUUUGUGGAGUACAGCUCCCAGGAUUCUCUGGGGGAAAGCCAUAUACUUUGAAGGCAUGGUGUAGAUUUGACCAUGGUGGUCAUGGUACUUGGAAUUUACAUUGCACUCAUAGGUGGAGCAUCUGCUUGAUGCAAUAAACCUCAGGCUUGGCCUGCCUAUGAACUGGAAUGAGGUGGUAGAGCCCUGAAGUGGUAGAUCGCAAGUGAGGGAAAUUAUUAUUAUUAUUAUUAUUAUUAUUAUUAUUAUUAUUAUUUAUUUAUACCCCGCCCAUCUGGCUGGGCCUCCCAAGCCACUCUGGGCGGCUCCCAACCGAAUAUUAAAAACACAAUACAGCAUUAAACAUUAAAAACUUCCCUAAACAGGGCUGCCUUCAGAUGUCUUUUAAAAGUAAGAUAGUUGCUUAUUUCCUUGACAUCUGCUGGGACGGCAUUCCACAGAGCAGGCGCCACUACCGAGAAGGCCCUCUGCCUGGUUCUCUGUAAUCUCACUUCUCGCAGUGAGGAACCGCCAGAAGACCCUCGGUGCUUGACCUCAGUGUUCGGGCUGAACAAUGGGGGUGGAGACGCUCCUUCACAUAUACUGGGCUGAUGCCAUUUAGGGCAUUAAAGGUCAGCACCAACACUUUGAAUUGUGCUCGGAAACGUACUAGGAGCCAAUGCAGAUCUCUCAGGGCUGGUGUUAUAUGGUCUCAGCGGCCACUCCCAGUCACCACUGUUGAAUAUGCCCCAGUAUUGAGGUGGUGGUGGUGGGACCCCUUGCAAGAUGAGACAAAUAUAUCAGUGAUGGAGGCCUGAACACAGCAGGGAGAAGGCUGAAAUAGCUUUCUCCUUGCAGGGAGUCUUUGCACGCAAAGGAGCUUUAAAAACGUGUCACUCGGAAAUCUUCCUAGGCAAUUUCAGGUAAUUAUCAUCAGGAAUAUUUUAGAUUAUAUUGGAUGUUUCCCUGUGUGUUCCCGUCUCCGCUGCUCCCCCCCCCGAGAAUAAUUUGAUUUACUAUGUUGUUUUACUUGCGUUUAGUAAACAAAGUGAAAGGCUUUGACACUGCCAAGCUCGCCUGAAUGUGGCCAUUAGCGAUCAGCAUCCAUUCAUUGUUGCUGAUGAACUUGGAGGAUUUCCACAGAAAAAUGAAGGUGCUGAAAUACUUCGCACCCGACAUCACUGCCUGCUGCUAUGAGAAGGUAGACUCACGGACAGAAGGGGGAAUGGAAGAAGUCUUACAAAAGCUCCCCCCCCAAAAAAAUGGAGCAGAUACCAAUCACCGGAGUUUCCAGUUUUAUACAGUGGUAUAAGAGGGACAUGGGUGGCGCUGUGGGUUAAACCACAGAGCUUAGGACUUGCCAAUCAGAAGGUCGGCGGUUCGAAUCCCGGCAACGGGGUGAGCUCCCGUUGCUCGGUCCCAGCUCCUGCCAACCUAGCAGUUCGAAAGCACGUCAAAGUGCAAGUAGAUAAAUAGGUACCGCUCCGGCGGGAAGGUAAACAGCGUUUCUGUGCGCUGCUCUGGUUCGCCAGAAGCGGCUUAGUCAUGCUGGCCACAUGACCCAGGUACCGCUCUGGCGGGAAGGUAAACGGCGUUUCCGUGCGCUGCUCUGGUUCACCAGAAGCAGCUUAGUCAUGCUGGCCACAUGACCCAGAAGCUGUACGCCGGCUCCCUCAGCCAGUAAAGCGAGAUGAGCGCCACAACCCCAGAGUCGUUCACGACUGGACCUAAUGGUCAGGGGUCCCUUUACCUUUACCUUUAUAAGAACAUAGGAUGCUGCCUUCUACUGGUUCAGUGCUGAACUGGAUGGACUGAUGUUCUGUCUCUGAAUAAUGCAGCUUCCUAUUUAAUCUAGCCCUUUAUUCAGAAUAACGAGGACUAGUAUUUUAACAAAGGCUCCUCCUCCUGAAACCCUCUCAUUCUGUUUAGAGAGAACAUUGGUCCAUCUAGCAUACACUGUCUGACACACAGGCUGGCUGUGUCUCUCCAGAGACCAAUGGUCCAUCUAGGUCAGUACUGACUGCACCAUAUAUCUUCAAGUUUGAAAGAGGAUUAGACAAAUUCAUGGAGGAAAAGACUAUCAAUGGCUACGAGUCAUGACGGCCAUGCUCUGCUUCCAUGGUUGGAGGCAGUAAAUGUUUCUGAAUACCAGUUGCCGGAAGUCCCAGGAGGGAAGAGGGCUCUUGUGCUUGGGUCCUGCUUCCCAUCAUGGGCAUCUGGGUGGCCACUGCGAGAACAGGAUGCUGGAGUAGAUGGACCAUUGGUCUGAUCCAGCAGUGCUCUUCUUAUGUUCUUAUAUUCUCAGACCCAGGUCCCACUUUUAAUCCAAAACACGCAUUUGUUAGUCUUUUCCUAUAUAUUUGCAUGGUGGUGGUGCUCCUGUUGUGACAUGGAUCAGGCCACAACUCAAUAGUGGGUCCAAACCUACCAAUUGAAGACCAAUGGGCAAAGGUUACAGGCAGGGGGUGUUCCCAGCCCUAUGUAGAGCUGCCCUCAGGGAUUGAACCUGGGAUCUUCUAUGUGUAGAUGCUCUGCUGAGCUGCAUGGCCCUUCCCCACUCUGCCUCCUCCAAAGCAAGUUCAGGGUGAGACUCAACAUGGUUGGCCCUGCAUAUUGACAAGGCCAGCUUCCUAUGAAGGCUAAACUGCAGGCUGAUCUGAGUUCCCAUUUUGUCAAUGGCACUUAGUCUUUUCAGUGGGAGCCCUGUGGCGGUCAAACUCACACCCUCUGGGAGAAUGGCGCAGCUACCUCUCCUUCUGGUUUUGAAUGGGCUUGAAAGGCAUUUGACACUUGCUUCAUAUUUUUAUGUUCUUUAUACACUUUUCUGUGUUUCUAUGGUUUUCAUGUUUGAAUUGACUUACAAUUGCUUCCGAUUGUUCAUUUUUGGUGGGUUUUGUUAGCAGCUUUGCCAGAGGAGUUUUACCUUGAAGCUGUGAUAUAAAUACCUGGCAUUAUCAUGGUUAUUUAAUUAGACAUAGAACAGCAACAUGUUCCCAGUAAAUGUGCAUAAUUCCUCAAAUCGUUUUUGCCUAAUUCUAGUUUUCUCGGCUGUGGGAGAAGGGCAGGCUCACUGGAGGGCUGAGAGACAUGUUUAAGCCGCCUUUCUGGCUUCCUAGAUUCCAGCAGUCAUUUCCCGCCCACAUCAAGACUAGAAACUUUAUUUUUAUUUUUAAAUGAAAGCAUUCUACACUCCUGUACCAUUGCUACCUAGGUCAGCUGCUCUGAUUAUUGCUAUUGUAAUGGAAAUGAGAAUGAGGUCUUUAAAGCUCUCUAAGUAUUCCUCCUUAUUCUACCUGAAACAGUUUCUCAAUUCUCAUACAAAUGACUUCAGAAAGGAAAAGGAAAGAAGAGUCUUCUUGGCUGCGGGGGCGGGGGCGGCGGGGGAGGAUACCCUGUUUCGGAUCUGUAAGGGUUUCUGAAGACUUUUAAAAAUAAAAAAAUAAGGCGUAGGUUGGAGUCAGCACCAGAUAUCAGAAGGGAGAGAGGCGUGUUUAUAAAUAGCAAUUCAUAUCAUUGCACCCACUUCAUAUUGUUUUAGAGAUGAAACGUUCCACAUUGCUAACUGGGAGGCUUUUUUAAUAUAAAAAAAGGGGGAAUCACAAAUAUUGUGGAACCUUGUCUUUAAGGUUUUUGUGAGAGCUCAGGCACCUGACAGUAAGAAUUAAGACCCCUUGAAAUGUACCCGGCAAUUUCAGAAUCACUUGUAUAAUCCCUCUGCUACCAAAAGGAAAAAGAAAUGCAAACACUGCAACAAUACAGUGAUCCCACCACUUAUGCCGGGGGUUACAUUUCUGCGUAUAUGUGAAAUCGCGUAAAGCAGGGAGGGCACUGUUUAUUAGAGUGUGAUGCUGAUAAUGCCAGGGUUGCAGGUUUGAUCCCCGCACGGGACAGCUGCAUUUUCCUGCAUUGCAGGGGAUUGGAGUGGAGAUGGUUCUUAGGGUCCCUUCCAACUCUUGUGAUUCAAUGAUUCACUAUGAUUUCUUUUAAAAAGAAAGAGAAGUCUCCCUCCUCCACCUGUUACCUGUUUUCUCAAAGUAGUUUUCACUCCCAAACAGCAGCGUAAAGGUGGCUUCCCAUUGCGUUAAGAGGGUGCUGGUUAGAAGCUGGUUUUUGCGUGCUCUUUGCUCAACCCCAUUACAUUGCAAUCAAAUGGUCCACUCCAGAACACCAGUUUUAUGUGGCACCAGAGAAUCCCUCUUCCAGCACCGAUCGAUCUUAACAAAAUUAAUGUUCUCACUGUAAUUGCAUUGGCCAAAUGGAAUCAACUAGUGGGAGACCUUUGCUAUAGCUCAAAAGAGUUGGCCGUAUUGCAUCUGUCUGGGGAGCCAAGAAGUCAGGCUGUGCUCAUAGGAGUGAGUCCAUGUCUUGGUCGUGAUGCAGCAAAAAGUUCUGAAACGGGCUUGCGUACAACUGGGCUUCUCGGAGGUCAUCCUGUUCUCAGAGUGGCCAAGCAGAUACCCGCCCAAAUGGGGCAGGACCUGAGCCUAACACUACUAUCCAGUUGUUUUUCCCACUCUCUGAUAUUCAGAGGUAGCCUAACCCUGGGCACGGAGGUUAUAUUCCCACAAAAGACCACAUGAAUUGGAGCAGUGGCUCAUCUUGUCCAGCACACUGUUCUCACAGUGGCCAACCAGAUGCCCCAAUGAGAAGCCUACAAGCUAAGGGCAGCAGUAGCACUCUUCUCACUUAUGAUUCCCAGCAAACUCGUAUUCAGAGGCUUAAUGCCUCUGAAAGUGGAGGUAGAACAUCAGAAGCUGCCUUAUACAGAGCCAGACCAAAGGUCCAUUGAACUCAGUAUUGUCUUCACUGACCGGCAGUAGCUCUCCAAGGUUUCUGAUGGGCCUUCUACCUGGAGAUGGGGUUUAAAAAUCAGCCUCUCUUCCCUGGGGAACUCUGGGAACUGUAGCUCUGUGAGGGAUAUAAAGGUAAAGGGACCCCUGACCAUUAGGUCCAGUCGUGGCCAACUCUGGGGUUGCGGCGUCCAUCUCGCUUUAUUGGCCGAGGGAGCCGGCGUACAGCUUCCGGUUCAUGUGGCCAGCAUGACUAAGCCACUUCUGGCGAACCAGAACAGCAUACGGAAACGCCGUUUACCUUCCCACCGGAGCGGUACCUAUUUAUCUACUUGCACUUUGAAGUGCUUUUGAAUUGCUAGGUUGGCAGGAGCUGGGACCGAACAAUGGGAGCUCACCCUGUUGCGGGGAUUCAAACCACUGACCUUCUGAUCAGCAAGUCCUAGGCUCUGGUUUAACCCACAGCGCCACCCGCGUCCCUUGUGAGGGAUAUAGGGAUCUGCAAAAAACACUUAGCACACCCCUUCAGCUAUGGUUUGCAGGGUGCUUUGGGGAAAGCCAAGGCUGUUGGUAGGAUACUGCUUUAAUAAUAAUAAUACUGUAUAUUACUACUUUAAUAAUACUGUAUAUUAUUACUGUUAUUUUGAAUUAUUUUAUUUUGUUAUGUACAACGAUACAAAGAGUGAGAGAUACAGAAAUGAACAAUGCCUUUCCUGUUUGAUAUCAUAUGGCCUGCAACUUAAGAAAGAAAAUUAUGCAGAGAAAUGGUUAUUGCAGAGAGAUAAAAACAAUGCCACGAGUAAUAAGAUAAUGAUGCCACAGAAGCACAGCAGAGCAGUCAGUGAUAAGUCCUGGACAACAUAGAAUUACAGAAAAAUAAAGUUGGAAAGGGCCCUGAGGGUCAUCUCAUCCAACAUACUGCAAUGCAGGAAUCAAAUCCAGAUAAAAUCAUACUUGAAUGAAUUACCACCAUUUAGCUGCAUAGUCUAUAGGUUUGGCAUUACCUCUGGAAACUCGUAAAGAAUGAGCGAGUUUUUCUGACGUUGCAGUAAAUAAGGUACUAAGGUCAAAAGGCCAAGUUAGUCCUCCAUCCCUGGGCAUUGCUUUGUCAAAGAGUUUAAUUUAUCCGCUCUACUUUGAAAUCCUGAAUAGCAAAUCCUAAGUAAUUUAUGAUGCUAGAGGAAAAUUUGGCAAGGGGGGGGGAAGCUGCCAAUGGUAGGCGAUUUUUAAAAUGAAAACACAGAGAGACAGUGAGAACAGAGGAGCAGCACCUUCUAGUGGUAGGAGGGAAAACAAUGCAGGAGACAAACCCCUAGAGGAACGUGACAAAAAAAACAAAAAAAAUUAAGGCUGCCUGGAUCCAUGCUUUGGCUCUGGAGCUGCAAAAUCAAUUCCAUGCCCUCACCUCGGACACAGAUUCUCAACCGGAGAAGAAUUUCCGUGUGCUGCUCUGGUUCGCCAGAAGCGGCUUAGUCAUGCUGGCCACAUGACCCGGAAGCUGUACGCUGGCUCCCUCGGCCAAUAAAGUGAGAUGAGCGCCGCAACCCCAGAGUUUCAUUUCCUGGAAGGUCAAAGAAGCAACAAGGGAGUCAUCUGUAUUGGACCUGGUCCUCACCAAGAGAGAGUAAUUGAUCAACAAAGUGGAAGUACUAGGAAGCUUGGGAGGAAGUGAUCAUGUCUUUCAUUAUGCACUGGCAAGGGUGUAAUUGGACAUGAACUCUGGACUUGAAGAAAGCUGAUUUCCAGAAGCUUAAGGAACUACUGGGUGUAGUCCCAUGGUCAGAAAUAUUCAAAGAGAAGGGAAUCAAAGAUGGAUGGGAGUUGUUGUUGUUCCAUGUCUUUAUAAAUGACUUGGAUGAAAUUGAGGGGAUGUUCAUCAAAUUUGCAGAUGACACCACACUGGGAGGGAUAGUUAUUGUCACAGAAGACAGAAUCAGGAUUCAAGAUGACCUUAACAGAUUGGAAAACUGGGACCAAACUGAGGACUCAGCUAGGCUGGCAAAGAAAAAGUUAUUUAUAUGCGUUGUAUGUGCAAUAUAACAUUGUGCCACCAGAUGGCGACAUGGAGUCCCAUUUUUCUCUACCUGUUUUCCCUGUUUAAAUUUACACUGCUUAAACCUGAAAUGCUUCUUUGAUGUGUCUAGAUCCAGCCUAACAAAACGAAUUUCAAUAGGGACGAGCUGCAGCAGUAUAAGAUGCAGGAUGCCUGAAUUGCCAGUAGUACAGGUGAAAGAGAUCAAGGGGUCUUAGUAGACCACAAGCUUCCCAUGAGUCAACAGUGUGAUGCAGCAGCAAAAAAAGCUAAUGCCGUUCUAGGCUGCAUCAAGAAAUCAAAGGAAGUCAUAGUACUGCUCUAUUCCACCUUGGUUAAACCACACUUGGAAAGACCGUAGUCCAUCAUACAAACCUGCCUGGGUUCUGAGAUCUUCAAGGGAGGCCCUGCUCUUGGACCCAGUACCCUCCCAGGCACACAUGAUGGGCACAUAGGAGAAGGCACCGUUCCUAGAGAACCUAAACAGGCUCCUUCCUUGCUGUCCUUCUGUUAGCAGGUGAAGACCUUUUUGUUCCAACAGGCUUUUGGGAAUUACCGUAUUUUUUGCACCAUAACACUCACUUUUUUCCUCCAAGAAAGUAAGGGGAAAUGUCUGUGCGUGUUAUGGAGGAAAUGCCUACGGGUGGCAUGCCUACGGAUUUUCCUCCUCUAAAAACUACAUGUGUGCUAUGGUUGGGUGCGUGUUAUAGAGCGAAAAAUACGGUAACUGGCUUUUUGGAAAGGGCCUGUUCUGUUACGUAUUUAUUGUAACUAUCUGUAUAUGUUAAUAGAGCUGAGAGAGAAAGAGAGAUUUUAUUCUAAUUAGUGUUUAAUUGCUUUUUAAUGAUUGUUUCCUAUGUUUUUAGCUUUUCCUAUUUUAUCUGUAAGCUGCCUUGAGUACCUUUCCGGCAGGGAAAGGUGGGAUGUAAUAACAAUAGUCAUAUCACCACCCUGGAGACAAACUGGAAUGGAUUCAAAACCAGACAUAUAAUCUAAAUUUCAAUCAAGCUUUCUGCAGACAAAUCAGGAUGCAUGUUGAAUAAAUAGGUUGCUGGAGGGAACCCCCAGUCUGCAAAAAAAGGGGUUUAACUUUGAGGUUAACAGUAAGUCUUUGUGCCAGAGGCGAUGGACCACUCUCCAUUGUUGCUCCCCUUCUGUUAGCCAGGGAGUGAAACAAUGCACGCAUUUCGUGUUGAGCGGCAGAUUCUCCUCCCCACCUCCAGGCUGAGGAAACUCUACUCCAACAUGAAAUAUUGAUUUUCCUGGGCUGCGGCUCAACUCCCCUCGCCAAUGUGGGCGAGAGGCUCCCUGCAAAAACGCCAGCCUACAUUAUUCAUUGCCGGCAUAAAUGGGACCCUGCCUUCCUGGGACUGAAAACAAGGCCAGUUACUUUUACUCCUCUUGGCCCAAAGACUGAAAGAGGAAGAUGGGGGGGGGGGGAGGCUUAGUUGCUGCCAACUUUGCACUUACUCCUAUGUGUUGGAUCCCAAGAAGGAAUGUGUGUCUUAGGGCAGGAAAUUAAGGUCAUAGAAUCAUAAGAUUGGAAGGGACCCAAAAGGUCAUUUAGUACAACUUCCUGCAAUGUAGAACUCACAGCUAAAGAAUCCCAGAUGGCCACCCAUUAAAAUCCUCCAAGGAAGGAGAGUCCACUGCCUCCCAAGGGAGACCAUUCCACUGUUGAACAGCUCUUACUGUCAGAAAGUUCUUCCUGAUCUUUAGUCAGAAUCUCCUUUCUUGUAACUUGAAUCCCUUGCUUUGAGUCCUGCCCUCCAGAGCAGGAGAAAACAAACUUGUUCCCUCUUCCAUGUGACAGCCCUUGAGAUAUUUUAAGAUGGCUAUCAUAUCUCCUCUUAAGUCUCCUCUUUUCCAGGCUAAACAGACCUAGCUCCUUCAACCGUUCCUCAUAAGGCUUAGUUUCUAGACCCUUGGUUAUCUUGGCUGCCCUCCUCUGCACACAUUCCAGCUUGUCAGUAUCCUUAAACUGAGGUCACCCCAACUGGACACAACUAUCCAGGCAUGGUCUGACCAAGGAAGAAAAGGAAAUAAUAACUUCCCUUGAUCUGGACACUAAACAUCUAUUGAAUAUGCCGAGAAUGACAUUAGCCCCUGCCUACUCAUGAUAUCUCCUCAGAAGGUCAGCGGUUCAAAUCCCCGCGACGGGGUGAGCUCCCGUUGCUCUGUCCCUGCUCCUGGCAACCUAGCAGUUCGAAAGCACGUCCAAGUGCAAGUAGAUAAAUAGGUACUGCUCCGGCGGGAAGGUAAAUGGCGUUUCCAUGUGCUGCUCUGGUUCGCCAGAAGCGGCUUAGUCAUGCUGGCCACAUGACCCGGAAGCUGUACAGCGGCUCCCUCGGCCAAUAAAGCGAGAUGAGCGCCGCAACCCCAGAGUCGGUCACAACUGGACCUAAUGGUCAGGGGUCCCUUUACCUUUACUCAUAAUAUGGAGUGUGAAAUUUUCCAAUUCAAAAUCUGUAAACCACCCAUUGCUGCCCCCACCCCCGGAUGCUAUACAGUCAGUAUAUUGCAGCUAACUCAGUUCUACUCAGAGAAAACCCAUUGCAAUUCAUGGAUCUAAGUGAGUCAUGCCCUUCAAUUUCAGUGGGUCUGCCUUGGGGUGUUUUGGUUCCAUUUUGCUUACAGUGGUGCCUCGCAAGACAAAAUUAAUUCGUUCUGCGAGUUUUUUCGUCUUGCGAAGCACGGUUUUAACGGUAUUAACGGUUUUAAGAAAAAGGAAACAAACUCGCAAGACGUUUUCGUCUUGCAAAGCAAGCCCAUAGGGCAAUUCAUCUUGCGAAGCAACUCAAAAAACGAAAAACUCUUUCGUCUUGCAAGUUUUUCGUCUUGCGAGGCAUUCGUCUUGCGAGGUACCACUGUAUUACACUUCCCUGAUUUUGAGCUGAAAGUGCUGGAACAUACUUUCUCCCCCCGACAGCACCCACCAAGAAAAAAAUACCCACUUUUGUUUGGGAGGCUUUUCCUGCAUUGUUUGCUUUCCCCGCCCCCCCCCCCGUCAACUUUACAAUGCAAUGCUUGAGUUGUUGUUGCUGCUGCAGUUGAGAGGGCUUUGUAGCACUUGCUGAAAAUACUCUCUCUCCGUAAGCAAAUCCUAGCCUGGAAUGUGCUGAGCCUGUGUGUACCCAUUUACUAUUUUAAAAAAUGGUUUGGGCGUCGAUAUGUCAUUCUGAAAAGCAUGCAUGGGGAACCUGGUGCCCCACAGAUGUUGCUAGAAUCUCAUGAUACGUUUAGGGAAAGACCCAUUGCCUGAAACCCUGAAGAACAGCUGCCAAUCAUUGUGGACAAUAUUGAGCUAAAUGGAGUAAGUGUUCCAAUUCAGUGGAAGGCAGCUUCCAUUGUCCCUGUCUGCAUUUACCGUAUUUCCCAUUAUUCCUAUAAAAAGGAACAUAUUGCUUUGCUACCCAAAUCUAUCAGGCUACAGACAAUUAGCAUAUGUAGCCUGAAGACUGUGGCUGAGUCAUAAUUUGAGUCAGACCUGCUUCUGCUAGGAUUUGUACAACUGCUGGAAACAUGGCCAGUUUUGCAGCAAGAGCCACACACACAAAAAUAUACUGGUAAAGUCUGUAUGUUGCCAGAGUUUUAAAAUAAAACUGGGAAGACCCAUAGUUCAGUGACAGAGCAUCUGCUUUGCAUGCAGAAGGUCCCAAGUUCGAUACCCAGCAGCAUCUCCAAGAAGGACUGGGAAGACAGAUCCCCUGCCUGAAACCCUAGAGGGCUGCUGCCAGCCAGUGUAGACAGUACUGAGCUGGAUGGACCAAUGGUCUGACUCUGGAUAAGGCAGCUUCUUAUGCUCUUAUUUAAAACCAGUCAUUUCUUCAGAACAUUGAGGACUGGAAUCUUACUUAACUUUUAAAGGGCUACAGCUCAGUGGCAGAGCACAUGUUUUGCAUGCAGAAGGUCCCAGGUUCCUCUCCAGGUAGGGCUGACAAUGGAAAACCUGAAGCACAGCUGCUGGUCAGUGUAGGCAAUACUGAACUAGAUGGACCAGUAGUCUGGUUUGAUAUAAGGCAGCUUCCUAUGUUCCUGAAAUAUGGAAGGCAAGGUAGGAACAGUUGCUGCUGUCUAAGUAAUACCCUGAGACCUCCCACCAUUUACGAUCUGUGGCUUUUCAAAAGCCUUCUGUGGUUCCAUUCUAACGAGGCAUCAUGAAGCUAAGCGAUGAGCUCUGCUGGAGCUCUCAAGAAAGAACUGGCAAUGUGCCCUACAAUAUUUUUGCCUCUCCAUCCUCUCAGCAAAGCAACUAGCAGGCUGUAUUCUUGUGCAAAUAUUUGGCACGUAGGUUGCAGCCUAGAAUUUCUGUUGCACCCAUCAUGCAGAAUUCUGAGUUGUGGUUCUAGACUGCACCACUUCCUAGAAGGGUGGACUUUAGAAUCAUAGAAUCAAAGAGUUGGAACAGACCUUGGGGGUCAUCUAGUCCAACCCCCUGCAAUGCAGGAAUAUAGUAUGCAGCUGUCCCAUAUGGGGAUGGCGUUUUCAGCACCACACUAACCAACUGAACUAUCCAUGCUUUUUUUAAAAAGGAAAAGAAGCAGCAUUCUGUGACGCACAAUGUUCAAUGCCUUUAAAGGCACACUAACCCCUACACCAUACUAGCUCUGAUACAUUAGUCCCGUCCCACCCCCAAUACCAUUUUGGGCAAAUUAAAACCUUUCAGUUUUUGUCUCCCUCACCCCCCACUGCAGUUCACAGAGGAGAAGUUUGGCCAGGCCGAGAAGACAGAGUUGGAUGCCCACUUUGAAAACCUCCUGGCCCGAGCAGACUGCACCAAGAACUGGACAGAGAAAAUCUUACGUCAAACUGAAGUCCUCUUGCAGCCAAACCCUAGUAAGCACCUCUUUAGGUUUUGGAGAAAUUGAUCCAUUGGGUGUCAUGGGUGGGGGCCCCCUUGGCUCUGUCAGGAUCUGGCAUAGUUUGGCAGCCCCAGAUGUAAGGAGGAGGAAGGAGCACAUGAUGUGGGGCCUGGAAGGCUGGCAUCUAGGGAUGGAGAGAGGAGGUCCUCUCCUUGUAAUCAUUGUUGUCGAAGAGGAGGAAGCAGAUCUGCCACCUCUCUCCACCACCCUGUGCAGAGCCCCUUUCAUAUUUGCCACUAGCCCCAAAUGUUGUUUUGUUUUGCUUAAAGCAUUUCUUAACCACACCUCAUUAAAGAGAUUGCAAGGCAGCAGGCAAAAGCGCGCGCACACACACACAAAAAUGAAUCCGUACAGCAUGUAAAAGCCAUUUCAAGUAACACAGAACCAUAAUGGACGACCGCAAGCCUAAGAUUUAAAAACAUAAAAAGCUUAAGUACUGUAUUGUGGUUUUGUUUUUUGUUUCGUAAAGUAAAAACAACAAGAAAUCAUCCAAAUUGGCUAAACAAAUAGCAGGGUCUCCAACCCGCUUCCAAAAAGCUUGUAAAGUCUACAAGCCAGCCUUUCGGGGGUGGGGGGUAUUCCAAAGUUGGACACUGUCAUAGAGGCACUUUUCAUUGUACAGUCAUGCCUCGUGUUGCGUUCGCUUCAUGUUGUGUCUUUUCGAGUUACGUCCCGCAGCAACCUGGAAGUACCGGAAUGGGUUACUUCCGGGUUUCACCACUUGCGCAUGCGCAGAAGAUCACGCUUUGCACAUGCACAGAAGCACCAAAUCAUGCCGCGCGCCUACGCAGAUGCAGCACUUCGAGUUGCGGGCAUUUCACAUUACGGACGGGCCUUCGGAACAGACCCUGGUCCGUAACACGAGCUACCACUGUACAAUUAAAGAAUUAAUCUAAAAACGUUGGCCAUCCCUGCUGAAGUGCCUGCGUCACUGGCUCUGCAGGCUUUUUUUUUUUUUAAUGAUAUUUAUUGAGAAUUUAAAAUUACAGAGAGAGAAAGGAAAAAACAAGAAAAAAGAAAAGGAAAAAAGGUAUACAAAAAAGAGAUUAAACAAUAUAAGUCAAUAAAAACAAAAGUAAAAAAAAAACAAAAAAAACAAAACACAUCAAUACAUCAGAAUCAAAAAAACAAAAAUAAACAAAAAAUUUAAAAGCAAAUCCAAUAUUCCCAAAUCCUUAUCUUUCAUUAACUUGUUUCAUCGACCUCCUCAUACCUCCCUUUUUGUAUUCUAGUUAUUAAUUAUCUCAGCAAAUCCUUUCCAUCUUUCACAAUAUUCUGUCAUUAAAUUACCUUAAUCUAUUUUAACCUUAUCUUACCAUAAAAACCCUAAAGCUUAAAACUUAAAUCUUAUUUAUACCUAAUUCUUUUUAACAAAACAUAUUUAUACAUAAUUCUUUUUAACUUUUCUACUAAAGCCAAAUAGUUUCAUUCCAACAUUUUUCUAAUACUCAUUAAUUUUACAAUGAUUUUCUAAAUGAAUUUUUAAAACUUUCUUCCAAUCUUCAUCCGUCGUCUCUUCUUCCUGGUCUCGGGUUUUGUCAGUCCUUUCUGUUCCAUCCAUCUAGUCCAUCAACCUGGUGACCUUCUAUCCGAGGCUCUUAAGUCUUUUCCAUGUCCCUUCUGCAGGUCUUCUUCAUGUUUAUACCUGCACUUUACUUUAUCUUCUGCUGAUCUUAUUCUUAAUUUCCUUCCUUUCUCUCGGGAGACUCCAACUUGACAAUAUCUUUAUCCCUUCUCGACAAGUCAGCCCAUUCUCCAUAGUCGACACUGAAAUCCAAAAGAUAUUUAAAGGCAUGUUUCAAAGUCCCUCCAAGAUUAAGGGCCCCCACAACUCCGAACUCCCCCUGGCCCAAAGCCAGAUCCGAAAAGUCAGAACAUCCCUGCAUAGGGGGAUCUAUCCAACUUCCCGUCUCCAGACCAAACAGUACUCCAUCUCUCCAAAUCUGACUUUCUCCAGGUUCAGUCGUCAAAGACAGCAAUUUAUGUUCCUGCAAGGCCGCAGCUCUCUCCAUUUCUGGUACUUGAGGUUCAGCAACUACCUCCUCCUUUAUCUUCUUCGCCACUUGCUCUGUCAAAGCACAUUCCUGGAUUGAUUCCUGAGUGGUUUCUAUAUAAGUAUUCACUGUUUGUCCAAGAUUUCCAACUGCAACAGUCAUCAAAUCCAUCUUCUCAUGUAGCUGUUCCAGUAAAGCACUUGCCUUGCAAAAAGCAAGCACUAAAGCUUCUUCUGGGCACAUUCUUAUUCAAGGUUGGUGUCUAGUUCCCACGAUCUUUUAUCUCUACAGCUGUAGAAUUCCCCAGAUUGACUCCAGCAACAGUUUCACAAGCUCCCUCUAGAGGAAACAAUUUCUAUUUGUAUCCGUCUUUUUAAAAGCAGAUCUAGCGACAAAGUUCCUUUCGUUUUCCAGAUAUUUUGUUCCUUUUAAGUGCAAAAGGGAACAUUAGAAUCAAUAUGUUUCUUUUUUUUAACUAUCUGUCAAAAACGUUUUGUCCACAGUCAAUGAACUUCCCCAAAGUGUCUGUCUCUGACACCCCGCUCCCAGGAUCAAGACGGUGGAAAUUUAUCUUUCUUUACUCUCUCUUCUGCAGGUUUAAACAGUCUAAAAAGAUUCCCCCCUCAUCUCCUGCUUCCAAGGGGGGUUUAGUGAUUUUAACUGAUGGAAAUUUAGUCCUUUACAAACGACUUUCCAGACUCUAGCUUGCAAUGUCUUUGCUUCAAUCUAUUUACAAAAGCGGAAGGCGGAUUUCCUGUUUAGACCUUCCCGCUUCGGUGCCAAAUUAAAAAGUUUCUUAAUCCAAUUUUCCGUUCUACUCACGGGCAGUUGUUUAAAAUCCAAUUGUCCACAGGAAAAAGUCAGCGCUCUCCGGCAACAGCAAUGCGGCUUCACUCCGUGAAAAAAGCAGUCGAUUCAAAGCACUAUGCCAUUCACCCCACGUCGCUCCGGAUCCCCGAAACCGGAUUUCCCUGCGAGUAGGGGAGGCGCAAAAGGUGCCAGCCGAAUCCCACGUCCACAGGCUUCUCCCGCCUGUGGUUUUUAAUGGGUCUCCGCCUCUCCGCGGCGGUCCAGACCCUAGUUCUCACGAAGCGGAUUUCUCCUGGUCAGAGGAAAUCCGCCAUUGCCGGAGGCGCUAACCCGGAAGUCCCCUGGCUCUGCAGGCUUGACUUCUCCCCAGAGAGACAAUAUAUUUUCCCAAAAUGCUUUCAGGACCUAACACAAUCUCUUUUUUCCCACCCACCAGGUGCCAGAGUUGAAGAGUUCCUUUAUGAGAAGUUGGACCGAAAGGUGCCCUCUCGGGUCACCAACGGGGAGCUCCUGGCUCAGUAUAUGAUUGAGGCAGCCAAUGACUUUGGCCCUAAUUCCCCUUAUGGUGAGUUUUGUGGACAUAGCACAUAGCUUUUUGGAGAAGAUAAAGGUUGGUGAGUCUCUCAUCAAGCCUUACCGCCAUUGUAUCUUCAGGGAUGUGCAGAGGACUUGCAUGUGGAGGUUGGUGGUUGCUGUGAAAAAAUGGUUGGCUAAACAAGCCAUACUAAGUCUUUGGACUGCCACUACUUCCUGCCCAUAAAGCAGAUGAGGCAAUGCUAUUGUUGGUAGCCUCUAACUCUCCAGCAGGCCCCAGCCAAAAUGGCCAGAAGUCAGGCACAAUGGGAGUGGCAAACUCUCCAAAUGUGGGUGGCCUUUUCCUGGUCAUCCUGCGACAGAGAAGGCAAGUUUGGGGUCCCCUACAUCCCUUUUGCUCAUCUGAAGAGUUCUGCUUCUACAAAAAUCAAUAAACGUUCUUUUGCCGCAGCCAGAACCUCCUGAAAUUUGUACUCUCGGACAAUCAGGCACGAAUUUGCCUGUUCUCUCUGCUCUGGUGCUCCUCAAUUUGAUUAUGUUGGGUUCUUGCAAAAUCCAUUACGGCCCCGAGGCUCAAGUUAAUGAUCUCGGUCUCCUGUAAUUGCAUGGUGAUCACACCCACACCCAAACACCGGAGACUCCACGCAACUCCCUUUAGCCCAUCCAAAUGAAAAUGGCUGCAGUCUGGGAGUGGUGCAAUAUUGCUUGGGGAUGUGACCUCAUUCUUCGGCCUGUAAUCACUGCUCCCCCUUCACAUUAUUGCAACUCAGCCAAAAUCAGUCUAACUGAAAUAACUAUUCAGUCUCCUCCUGACUAACCCUUGCCUUAGUUUCCUGCCUUCCUGUUACUCUCCCCACCCUCGCUAAAGCAGGGGGGUGACUCCCUCCUGACUCCUGCCCUUUUCUUUUUUAAGAAAUAUAUUAUUGAUGUAAAUCAAACAAAUCAAUACAAUAAAAACAAACAGAAGUGCAAAAAAGCAGUGCACUAUACUGUAUCUGGGAGUGACAAAACAUUAGGUUGGUAAAAUACUUAAGACCAUCAGGAAAGCCCAAUUUCACGUUGUACUGUGGAGAUGGAAUCCUGGGCAUCCUCAUUUCUUGUUUAUGAGAUAUAAUCGCAUCAAACAGCAUAGGAUUUUUUUCAGGAUCCUCCAAGCCUUUAUGCACAUAAUUUAUGAGUGUGUUCCCCCCCCCGAGCAAGUAUAAAACUCUGCAUUUUUUUAAAUUACAAACUGAAAGUCUCAAGUUCUGCAAGGUUUUUCCAUAUGGGGACCAUUGAGCUUCCGGUAGCUGCCAGUUUCCAUGUCAAGAGUUCCUGAGAGUUGAAACCUUUCAGUUUAUCAACCCAUAGAUUUAGUUAACAAAGCUGUGGUGAAGUUGGAAUGGGAUGUUUGAGUAUUUUGGUCAUUUCUUGGCAAGCCAUUGUCCAGAAUUGGAAUACAGUGGUACCUCGCAAGACGAAAAACUCGCAAGACGAAAGAGUUUUUCAUUUUUUGAGUUGCUUCGCAAGACGAAUUUCCCUAUGGGCUUGCUUCGCAAGACAAAAAACGAAAACGUCUUGCAAGUUUGUUUCCUUUUCAAUGCAUUCCUAUGGGAAACCGUGCUUCGCAAGAUGAAAAAUUCGCAAGACGAAAAAACUCGCAGAACGAAUUAAUUUCAUCUUGCAAGGCACCACUGUACUUGUGGGCAGCCUCACCAUAGAUGGAGAAAGGUUCCUUUCCUCCCACAAUCCCUCCAACAGCUAUGAGGAGAUUGUGACAUAGAGGCAAUUUGCGCUGGUAUGUAGCGCCACCCGCAUAGGAUUUUUAUGGAAUACUCUCACAUGAGCUCAGGCAGACGUAUAUGGUUUGGGUUAUUACAGCACGGGUGGCGCCUAGGGCUUGCUGAUCAGAAGGCCGGCAGUUUGAAUCCCCGCGAUGGGGUGAGCUCCCGUUGCUCAGUUCCUGCUCCUGCCAACCUAGCAGUUCAAAAGCACAUCUUCCAUAUAAGUUUAAAGCUGGUAUAAAUAUCUACUAAUUCUGCACAUGUACCUGACACCAAACCUUUUUUUGCCCUUUUGACCUUGAGCUAAUAAAAGUGCCCUGAACCACCAUUGUCACCUCUCGCCUGCGGAGAGGUGGAGCUGUCCUGACACAGGUGAAGAUGUUUGCUCAGGUCAGCUGCCUGAAGUCCCUUUGCUGUGUCUUCUCUCUCGCAGGGAAGACCCUCAUCAAAGUUGGUGAAACAGAGCGGCGCUUGGGUGGAGCAGAGAGGGACUUCAUCCACUCUGCCUCCAUCAACUUCCUCAGCCCUCUGCGCAAUUUCCUGGAGGGUGACUGGAGAACUAUUUCGGUAAGUGGCUGGGGCUCAGAGCACCUGUUUUGCAUGGAGAAGGUCCCAGGUUCAGCCCUCAAUGGCACCUCCAGGUAGGGCUGAGGAAUAUCCCCUGCCUGGCAUCCUGGAGACCCACUGCCAAUCUGGGUGAACAAUACUGAGCUAGGUGGACCAAUGGUCUUGUUCAGUAUAAGGCAGUCUCCUGUGUUCCUGUUUAAUUCAGUCCGUUCUUCAGAACUCUGAGGACUAGAAUCUUUAUGCUUAGGCAAAGGGCUGUAGCUUCUCACUUAGGGGAAGGGCUGCCUAAAUCCUGGAAAGCCCCUGCAAAUCAAUGAAGGCAAUAUUAAGCUAGGUCCUGACUCAGUAGAAGACAGCUUCCUAUGAGAAGGCCAGUUUUGUGGCAGUGAGAGAGAGGAGUUGACUUCUGAGACAUUUUCAAAGAGAUGAGAGGGGGUUAAUUAAUGUCUAGGAGAAAUUAAAUAAAUGCUCCGAUAUUUUCCGACCAAGAAAUAAGUUGUGUUAGACCGGCAUCUGUGCCAUGGGUGGUAGUGAGUCCACCGGUGGAAAUCAAUGGACCUAACUUAGUCAUGUUCAUUCAUUUCAUGGGCUCUGCUCUGGGUAAAACUUGGCCAAAUACCACCUCAGUCAGUUCAAAGCACAUGCAUGCCCCCCCAAAGAAUCCUGGGAAUUGUAGUUUAAGAGCACUGGGAAUUGUAGCUCUCUAGGGGGAAGCUGUUUUAAUUCCUGCUUGGUUUUAUAGCUUUUAAUUGGUUUUCUUUUUUCUUUCAUCUUUGCAAACCACUUAGAGACUAUUGCAGUUGGGUCACUUUAAAAGAGGAUUGGAUGCGUUAAUGGGAGACAGAUAAGGCUAUCAGUGGCUACUUGUCACAAAGACUAUUAUGCUCUGCCUCCAGGACCAGAGGCAAUAACACUUUAACACAGCAGUUUCUGCUAACCACAGGAGGGGAGAGGGCUCUUGAGGGCUUCCUAUUGGGGCACCUGGUCAACCACUGUGAGAACAGAAGGCUGGACUAGAUGGCUCUCCUUUAGCCUGAUCCUGCAGCCAGGCUCUUUGAAUGUUCUUAUGUAGCUAUGCAGUAAGAAAAAUGAGCCUUUUUCCUUUUGCAAUCUUGACUCUUCUCCCCACCCUUCCCUUCUUCCUUCCCAGAAGGAGAGACGGAUCCUGCAAAACCGCCGUCUAGACCUGGAUGCGUGCAAAGCAAGGCUGAAGAAAGCAAAGGCUGCAGAGGCCAAAGCAGCGGUAAUGCUCCUCUCCUCUCCUCCCCACUUACUUCCUUGUUGACAAUCCUCUCGUGUGUUUUAUCCCCCCUCUUUCUCACCCACGUAGUCUUUUUACUCAUGCCUGCAUGUGACAGAUUCCAACAUGUGCUCUGCUACUCCACCCCCCUCUGGUGGGCCUGAAUCUCUUCUGAACUGCAUGCAAUGCAUCAUCUCGGGAGGGGAGGAAGGGUUAGGAUGUCUGAACUCUCCUCUCUCCUUCCCUGACCCCCACCACAUACCUGCAAGCCGGAGUGAGUAAUAGAAAAGUUUUCAGCAGGUUGACACAGAAGGUGCCUGUUGAAUCUCCAGUGGCAGAGAGUUCCACAGGACUGGGUCAAUGACAUUAAAGGCUCAGUUUCUCAUUAUGGUCAGAAGAACCUCACCAACUAAAGUGGUCCCUGAGGCACCCUGGACAUGAGUGGUUCAGGGCUCUUUGUACAUUAAUACAAGGGCCUUGAACAUGGCUCAUUAGUGAGAGGCCAGCCACUUUUUAACUCAACCAAUUACCCCUGCCCUAUCUAAUGUGUCUGCAUUUGGCACUUGCUGUGGGAUUCUGCAUCUAAAGUCAUAUGCGCCUAGGUGGUCCUUCAGAAAGCCCAGUCCUCUAAGUGGGAGGUGAUAGGAUCUAGGUUGCAGCACCAAGUGUGGGCUUGAGUGUGAAUUAGAGUAGCUGAACUCUUACUUUCCUCCAAGAGGAGGCAGAUUCCUGCAGAACAGCUGGAAUGAAGUUGUUGGGGGACGAGGUGUUUGUACCUCAUCUCCACACCCUGCAUUAAAAAUGGGCAAGUCUGCCAUUUUUUGGUACAUAAAACAGGCCAGGCACACAAUGGAGAGAUUGAAUGUCACAGUCAGACCCUUAACUGAUCACUGUCAUUGUCGGAAAGGCUUGACCCCAGUUUUGGGCUGAGCAGUGGUUGUUUGUAGGACUUAAACUCUUGACACCUUUAAUGCAUCUUGAGUUUUAUGUUACAUAUUAGCUGACGGGGGGAAAGGGUAGAGCUGGGAUCCAGUGUCACAAGGAGGCUGUGCUCAGUUCUUCCAGCCCCUACUGGUUGUAGGAAAGAAGCUGUUCGCCAUGGUACCAAUAGCCAAUUCCCUCCUGCAAGAGUCAGAAGCUAGAGGGGAGGGGAGAUUUUAACCAGGGCUGUGUGUUGCACAGAGGAAAACCUUCAACCAAUGUAGGUGGGGACCUGUGGCCCUCCUGAUGGGCUGAACUCCAAAUACUGUCAGCGCCCAACCAGCAUAGCCAGUAGUCAGGGAUGAUGGGAGUUGUAGUCCAACAAUAUUGGGCGGCAGGGGCACAGUUGUUUUAACAAAAAGCAAAACCGACCCAGACAUCUAUAAAUGCAAUAAUGCAUUUAACGUGAUGUUGCUUCUUUAUUCCACCUUACCCAUUCUGUUCCGACCAAACUUCAGAUAUCCGACUGGCUGAUUCCACAUAGGUUGUCAAGAACUAUUAGCUUACUAGGUUGCCAAAUACACAAGUUGGCCCUAGUGCUUCUGGUUCUUAGGGUUGCCUGCUUACUAAAAACCAUGAUGACAAUAAUAAUAAUAAAAAACUCGCCCAGUUUCCUAUUUAUACCACACACACACACACACCUCUGGCUCUCCAGAUGUUGGGACUUCUGACUCCCACCAGGUUAGCCAGCAUGGCGAAUACUCAGGAACAGUGGGAGUUGUCGUACAACAAUGUCUGGAGGGCUAAGGUUUCCCUCUCCCCCCUCCCUGCAAACUGAGUGCCUGUUACAGGGUGAGGCCACAUUCUAGCCAACCUCUCUGAUAACAGCACAUUUUGUCAAAAGUCUCGUCCUGUUUUUUCUAGGGCUUAAAAAUAAUAAUUGCAGGGGAUUGGGAGGUUUACACUGAAACUGUACUGAGUGUGGCGCGUAAUAAAGUAGUUGCAGCUACCACCUGAACAGGGAAAACGAUUGUGUGAACUUGCCUUUUUUGCUAGAACUGAAAAGUGUUUGGUUUGAAGCACCAGCUUCUCUUGUGUUCCGACCCCACACCACCCUCUCUCUGGGGCUUGCCUGCCAUUAUCCCUCCCCUAUAUCCCCCCUUGGUCCCCAGCCUUUCAAUAGGAGGAGCCUGAAAGAAACACACCUCCAUCCCACAUUCUCUUAAAUCCAGUCACCCAAAACUAAGGGAGGGUGAAUCUGACCAUUUCAGCUGGAAGGAGUGAAUCUUUCAAUAGGAGUGCUGUCAAUUUCUGCUUAUCUCUGGUUCCUGAUAUUUCCGGUCUUAAAUCCAGUUCUCCACUUUUCCACAUCAAUAUGAUAAUAUAUAUAUUUUAAAGUCUUCGUGAAAAUUCAGCAGCAUGAAAUUUUCAUGCAAAUUUCUCAUACACACACACACACACACACACACACACACACACACAUAUAUAUAUAUAUAUAUAUAUAUAUAUAUAUAUAUAACUUUUGCAUAUUUCCUCCUCUUAUAACACCACCUUUUUAUGCUGCAUUUCACUAAUACAUGCAUUUAUCUGUACACACUUGACCUCAGUAAAUGGUUUUUUGUACACGUUACUAGGCUGGAGAACUGAAUUGCAAAAUUUGGAUAAUUAUUGAAGGCUGGGUGUGUUUCAGUUUCCACACUGUUUUGGAAAGUGCAGAUUUGGUAACAUUCUCCUUAAAAUGUGAACUGAAUCUCCCUUCUCUCCAUCUGUAUCCACAGCCCACCAUCUAUCCCCACUGCAGAAUUGCAAACCUUCUCCCUUUCUCUGACUUCCUUAUCCUCUCAUAGAGCUGAUUUUGCCAUCCAAAGCAAAUUUCUUUCCUGUUCUCCUGAGUUGACUCUUUCCCUGUCUGUUAGUUUCUUUCCCCUCCUAACUUCUGAAUCUCUUGCCUUUUGUGUUGCUGAUGUUUUUGUCCACUAACCUCUCUGUUCUGUCUUUUUUUUUAUUCUGUGAUUUUGCUCAGUGUGAGGGAGAUGUGAGUAUUAUAUUGUGUUUAUGGUGCUGUGACGUUUUGACCUGAAAUGCUUCUUAUUGUCCCACUUCCAUCCAGAAAUCUUUUUUUUUUUGAAAGAGAGUCCUCUUUGCCCAGCGGGGACUCGCCCUGGAGAAUGCACUUGAAAUGUGUGUGUGUGUGUGUGUGUGUGUGAGAGAGAGAGAGAGAGAGAGAGAGAGAGAGUGCCUGUGUAUGUGUGUGUGAGAGAGAGAGACCUGCCUGUGGCAGAAACAGCUGACUGGCUGAUUUCAUCCACAGAGCCUACAAUCAUUUCUGUUUUCCAAAGCCUUUUUGUAAGUGUUUGCUCAAGAGGCAGAGUUUUGGGGUGGGGAGAGGAGAAUGGCAGUCAGGGGGUGUGUGUACCUGUUGCGAUACAGUUUUGUUUUGUUUUAAGCUGCAAAAUUUGACUUUCAAAUUAAAGUCAAGUUUCUAGUCCUUAAUGGGUGCAAAGAUACUUUGGUGGGGGGGGGGGAUGCAUUUUUCCUGGGUUGAGAUUUCUGUUUCAGUACCUUCCCACUUUGCUCGCUUUGCACAAAUUAGGCAUCAUGCAUGUUUGCAUAAUCUGGGCAGAUCACAGAACUUCAGUGCAGAAUUCCGAUACAUGUAUUAUAAUUAUAAUUAUUAUUAUUAUUAUUAUUAUUAUUAUUAUUAUUUAUUAAAAAGCCAGAGUACACACAGCCCUGGUGUGGUUAAAGAAUGUGUGGAUUGUGUGUAUGAUUUAUCAUGGGAACUACAAGAUUAUGGUUCUCCAGCUAUAAAUAAUGGGCUGGAUAAUGGAGGAUCAGGGCUCAGACUUUCUCGAAAAGGGUAUGAGCUUUUUGGAAAAUUCCUGCAGUGCUGCGCUGUCUGACUGCAUUUUGAGCUACUAAACUCAGCCUUUUUCUCCCUAAUCCAGGUGUGGGGAACCUUGGCCCUCCAGAUGUUACUGAACUACAAUUCCCAUCAUCCCAGGCCAUUGGCCAUGCUUGCUGAGGCUAAUGGGAACUGUAUUUCCACAACACUUGGGGGGACACAGGUUCCAGACCCCUGCCCUAAUCCUUGCAGCACAGUAUUAAGGGGGAUACAUUCUCAGGCUUCCCACACUGCCUCUUGAUCACUGCUUGCAUAUGGUGGCUAUUGGCACGCAAAGAGGCUUGCCUCUUCCACAGCUCCUAUUUUGCUGGCAUGAAGCGGCUUGCCUCUUCUGCAGUUUCCUUUUUUUGUUUGUUUUGCCAGAAUGGUCAUUGUGGGUAUCUUGGCUAGACUGCAUACUUGAGCCACAAGACGUGGAGAGGCUCUCAUAACUAUAUAUCUAUAUAUCUAUAUAUAUAAUGUGCAGUCAAAAAAGAGAAAGCAUGGGCAUGACCUCAGGAUUCCUGCUCUUGACAAUGGGCUCCCUUUCUCCUUCUGCCGCUUCCCUGUCUCAGAAAUGAGGGUUAAGGUGUUCCAGACAUCCUGUUCAAGAACAUCUUGCUAGAUUGCUUAUUGCUGCCUCUAAACCUUACCUGAAUUUGGGCCCUAAGGGUGGUCACCUUCCUUUUCCUAUAAAACUGGUAUUUUAUUUUUGGCCUUGUUGCUGAGGGUUGUAUAUAUACAAUUCACAGAUGUGGGUGUGGGUGUUCCUGAAAAAAGGCAGAACUUGAGUGCUAGGUUUGGCACCCAAGAAGCAAGUUUCUCAUCACUAUUGCUUUGAAGGCACUAGUUUGCGAGUGUUUGGUGAAAACUAAGGAGGGUUUUGGGGGAGAAAAAAACUGCUUUGCUUAUCCGCCAAUCUCAGCAGGAAAAAUAUUGUGCAGAUUUGAUAAAUAGUGCCGGGGGUUUCCUAUGCGUUUAUAAUUUUAUGCAGGUUACAGUAUACUGACUCCCCUUGGCUGUCGAAAUUUAUGUAUAUUGAUGCAAAACUUAUAAAAUGAUAGCCCUGCCCACUGGACAUCUCUGCUCUGCAGAUUAAGCAUAUCUCAUUGAUUUUAAAAGUUACUCUUAAAUCAGGGUUGAGUUAGUUGUGUCUGCUUAAUUAAAUAUAUGUUGCCUUUUUGUGGUUGGAGGAAUCAGUUGGGAUAGGGGUUACUCUGUGCUUUGUCAUCUUGCCUGGCUAACUGUUUUAAAAGUAAAUGGGUGCUUCACGACUGCAGUUGGGUCAGAAGUCUUAGUGAGGGGCUGCCAGGCGCUUGCACUGGCUUUUAAACUGACCAUGGUUGUAUUCCAUGCACCUAAAUAAAUGAGGAAGCAUCUGCAGCAGAGGAGCCAAGACUUGGGGCUGUCCAGAAUGCUGCCUUUGCAGUGGCAAAUGUGCUCCCCCAAAAUACCCUUUCAGGUUUAAUGACACAGUAAGGGACGCGGGUGGCGCUGUGGGUUAAACCACAGAGCCUAGGACUUGCUGAUCAGAAGGUCGGCGGUUCGAAUCCCCAUGAUGGGGUGAGCUCCCGUUGCUCAGUCCCUGUUCCUGCCAACCUAGCAGUUCAAAAGCACGUCAAAGUGCAAGUAGAUAAAUAGGUACCACUCUGGCAGGAAGGUAAAGGCGUUUUCAUGCGCUGCUCUGGUUCGCCAGAAGCAGCUUAGUCAUGCUGGCCACAUGACCCGUAAGCUGUACGCCGGCUCCCUCGGCCAAUAAAGCGAGAUGAGAACCGCAACCCCAGAGUUGGUCACGACUGCACCUAAUGGUCAGGGGUCCCUUUACCUUUAAGGGCAAAGCAAUUGCACACGUAAUUUUCUUUGUGUUUGUGUGUCUGUCACUCCCCUUCCACACUCCAAAUGCUCUCUCACAAACUCUCCAUCCAGCACUGAGUUUUUUGAUCUGGACAAAACAACCCUUGCUUCUAGAGACUCAUUCACAUGAACUGUGAUAGAAGGAUUCCUUACUCUGAAGUUGCAGGCUACUCUUCAAACACCCCUUAAGAUGUCUUUGCUGUGGCCCAUAGCAAAUAGGAGCAGUUAGCUGGCAAGGGGCUAAACCUCUCCCCUUUGCCCACUGCAGUCCUGAUGAUGGUGUGGUCCCUUACUGCCUUAAAGGAGCUCAUGAGAAGGCCUCUCCAGAAUGAAACACCGCCACCACCCCAUUUCUAUCUAGAGAUUUAUGCUAUCUGCCACCUGGUCACCAAAAUGCCUUUCUGUUUUGGGCGCUUUGGGGUUCAGCUGGUUAUCUUGCCCCAUUUCUGCCUGGCUCUGGCCUAGUUUGGGAGCAGAACAGACUCUGAUUGCCCUGAUGGAUGUCAGAAGCCCUGGGUGCGCCUGGGACAGAUGUUCCACACAUACUCACCCCAUCAGCUGGUCUUGCUCUACUCCUGUUCCUUUCAGAAGGACUUUCACUGCAGCAUGAGAGUCCUGGUGCACCAGGCAAAGAAUGGGCAUCAUGUUUCCAACAGCGGGCAGCCCAAUCCUUUGAGGAGUCCACCCAGCACAGGGAUGAAGGCAACUGGUCUAACUUGUCUGCCCUUAGCACUUGAAUUCAGUGGUGUAUGGAUAGCUCCAUUUACUAUCUCAGCUAAUAUCCACUGACAGAUCUAUUAUCCAUUAUCACACCUAAUUUCUAUCUUAGGCCAUCACUGGGAACUUUCUGGAAGGUUGCGGGUUGGGGGUGCAGCAGCCAGAUCCUACCUGUAAUUGACAGAUGGAUAAAUUGGACUGUUUCAGUUUAUCAUUUCCCCCUUGAUCUUAAAUUCAGUUUGCUUCAUUUCCACAUCAGUUACUGUAAUUAUUAUUAUUAUUAUUAUUAUUAUUAUUAUUAUUACAUAUUUUGUAUGCAGUUUUGCCUGAUGUAAAAUAUUUGGCAAGCAUCAUUUUGAUAGCCAUCUUCAAAUAUCUGAAGGGCUGUCACAUAGCAGCUUGUUUUCUGCUGCUCCAGGGGGGUGAGCCCCAAACCAACGGAAUCAAGUGACUUUCUGAGAGUAAGAGCCAUUCAGCAGUGGAACUGGCACCAUUGGAAGGCAAUGGACUCUCCUUUGUGGGAGGCUUUUAAACAGAGGUUGGAUGACCACCUGCCAGGGAUUCUUUAGAUUCUUGCAUUGCAGGGGAGGGGUUUUUGACUAGAUGACCCUUGGGGUUCCCUUACAACUAUGAUUCUGUGAAUUUUCCCUAAAAGAAUACUUUUGGGGGGUAUAUUGCUGUUUUUCCUUAUAUGCACAUUUUGGGGGCUUUUUUUUGUUUGUUUUUUGUUUGCUUGCUUUGGUUGGGAGAACUGCAUCAUGCAGAGAACUGUGAAUUCUAAGGACAGCUGCAUUUUAUUUUGGAAAAAAUGCAAGUUCACAUUGAAGUGUGAACUGAGCAAAUUUCAGAGGGUGGGAUUAAUCUCUAGCAGUUGAAAUCUUUGGGGAAGGAGGCACCAAGUCAAAAGGUAGGCCUGAUUGAGUGGAGUCCCCGUUGGUCCAGUGAUAGCAGGCAUAGGCAAACUCGGCCUUCCAGAUGCUUUGAGACUACAAUUCCCAUCAUCCCUGACCACUGGUCCUGUUAGCUAGGGAUGAUGGGGGUUGUAGUCCCAAAAACAUCUGGUGGGCCAAAUUUGCCUAUGCCUGAGCUAUAGUUAAAGGAGCUUGCUAGAACGUAAGAAAAGCCCUGGAGCUGGAUGAGGCCAAAUGAGUCCCAUCUGGUCCAGCAUCCUGCUCUCACAGUGGCCACCCAGGUGCCCCCAAGGGAAAGCCACAAGCAAGACAAGACUGCACAAGAGCACUCCCCACCCCCACCCCCUGUAGUUUCUAGCAGCUGGUAUUUUUCAGAAGUAUUUCUGCUUCCAAAUGUUCCCCUGGAGGCCCUCUCUCUCGCAACACAAACUGCAAGGAAGCCUCUAAUGCUUCUUACAGGAAAUACCUGUCCCUCUAGUUCCCCCCCUCCCCACCCAGAAAAAAAGAAAGCCUUCCAUUCACCCUUCUGCAUGAUCUAUACGUGAAAUUCUAUUCCCCCUCCGUAGGCUGUGCCUGACUUUAACGAGACUAGACCACGUAAUUACAUUCUCUCCGCCAGCGCAUCAGCGGUAAGAUCAACUCUCUCCCUCAUCUCUUAGACAGUUUGUGCUUUAACCUCUUUUUAUUGCUCUCUCUCCUCCCCUUUUCCUUUCCCUUUAUCAUCCUGGAGCAAGCCUUUUACUGCUGGUUUUCAACAUUUUAACGUAAUGGAAGCUAUCCAGGACUGUGUCCAGAGCUUUUCAGGCAGAGGAACCUGAGUUCUGUUGAUCCAUAGGCUGAGCAGCUUGUUUUAUUGUAUUAUUAUUUGCAGUGUUUAUACUUUAUUGUUUAUUUUCUGUUUAACAAAAUUCGUACACAGCUUGAUUGUUUUGUUUUUACAAAUCUCCCAGCGGUUUACAAAGAAAAAGAAACCUUAAAGUUAUUGAUAAACCAUUAAAGUCAGGAGUUGCUAAAUAAACCACGUGCAGCCUGCAAAAAACAAACAAACCACCGUUCUAAGAUGGUUCCUGUCCUUUUAGGCUCACAAGCUAAAAAGAGACACAACACACAAGGAAAAAGGAACUGGAGGGAGGAGGAAAAAGCAAACUGUAGCACAAGCUCUAUAAGGUUACAGUUCUUAAAGUUAAUAGGGAUAUUAUUGGCAUUCUAGAUAAAGAGCAGUCCCUCCCCAGAUCAGAACUAGGAACAGAGCAGCUAACAACAUCCAGGGUGGCAGGAUAGAGAAGCAUUCUUAGGAAACUGGUGAUUGCCAUGACUCUGCUAAGAUGCUUCCUCUAUAUCUUUUCCUUCCAGUCCAGUGCUGAGCAGGGGAUGCUUUUUCUGGGCAGCUUCAUAGCCAAGUGGGGGAUUUGAACCCUGGUCCACAGGUCCUGGUCCUCACUUAAUCUCCACAACAACCCUAUGGCGUAGGCCUGGCUGAGAAAAGCGGGGAGGUGACUGUUCCGAGGUCACUAUCAGUGAACUUCAUAGCCAGGUUGCGUUCUUGAACCCUGGUCACCCAGCCCGACACUCUAACCACUACGCCACACUUCUCAAGGAAUAGCAGAGGCAAGACUGGCAGCAACGAACACUGGCUUGUCUUGGGCUCAGCCGUUCCAGGCCCACUGUGCUACAACUCUCAUCAGCCCCCAGCCUCACAUGGCCAUGCCAGCUGGGUCUGAUGGGAGCUGUAGUUCAAAACAUCUGCCAGGAGGUCCACCAGGUUGAUGAAGGCAACUUCUGAUCUUCCUUUCUCUGCUCACCACCCCCUCCUUCAAGUUCCCUUCAACGGGCGGAAAUAUUGCUUUCUGCUGGACAACAGCAGGCAAACAAAAGCCCACCCUCUCUCCCCUGUAUCCCAUUGUCUUGUUACCAAGUGCAUUUGCACGAGCUGUUCUUCCACCUCCCCGAUUGCACGAUCUAUUUGCACUGUCUCGUUAAAAUGUUGAAAACUCUGUGUGUGCCUUGUACUGUUACUUUGGGGGUCGCUGGUAGAACCACACUGAUGCCCUCCUAAGGCUUGGGACUAGCCAAAAAUGGAAGACUUAAAUGGCUUAAUCCCCCGACUCAUGGCAGGGGGUUGGACUAGUUGACCUUUGGGUGUCUUCCAACCCUACAUUUCUAUGAAUUAGGUUAAAAUGGGCCUUCUCUUGCUGGGAAGGAGCUUCUCUGUGUAUAGAGGGACGGCAUCAGUGCUGGCUUUACAGGGGAUCCUCUCUGGACCCUUCUCAGGUAGCAAAUGCUAAUAUUUGCAUGUGGUGGUGGUGGAGAUGUUUAAAGCAUUAGUGUGUCGUCCCCCCCCCCUCCGGUAAUUCCACAUGUCUUUUUCCAGAGAGGUAUUUGCAGCCCAAACCGGCAGCCUUCAGACUUGUGAUGAGGCAGAGAAGAAGUUGCUUUCUCAAUUUUAAAAGGGUGGGGAGCUUCUGGAUUCUGGCCAGGAAUCCUCCAAACAGGAAGAUUAAACAUAUUUAUUCUUUUCUUAUAUAAUUCAGGAGUGUUUAUAAACCACUUGUUUUCUUUGGAAAAAUAUAGAAGCGGUGUUUGCUGUAUAACAAUGCAUUCGGAAGAAUGCAUUCUAUAAAACGUUAGUACAAAAGCAUAUGGAAACCAGGAGCUUGAGAGGUCCAGGCAAAUUGGUUAGAUCGUUCUCCAUGGGCUGCAACAACUAUCUUGAGCAGGCAGCACCCUGGGGAUGAUAGUAGCAUACAAUACAAGUGGCCAUCCCUUCAAGAGGGGAAAGGCUGUAGUUCAGUGUUAAGAGCCUCCCUGCAUGCAGAAGGUCACAGGCUUAAUUCCCAACAUUGUCCUCAGGUAAGGCUAGGAAAGACUCUGGUCUGAAAUCUCAGAGAGCUGCUGCCAGUCUGUGUAGACAAUACAGUCAUACCUCGGGUUGACGUAGCUUCAGGUUAAGUAUUUUCGGGUUGCGCUCUGCGGCAACCCGGAAGUAACAGCGUGUUACUUCCGGGUUUCACCACUUGCGCAGGCACUCAAAAUGAUGUCACGCGCUGGUAGGGAAGCAGCGAAUUGCGACCCGCGCACGCACAGACGCUCUACUCAGGAUGCAAACAGGGCUCCGGAACGGAUCCCAUUCGCAUCCAGAGGUACCACUGUACUGAGCUAGAUGUGCUCAGUGAUCUGACUCAGUAUAUGUUCCUUUUUUCUUUUCUUUUUAAAGAAAUCCAGCCCUUUAUUUGGAACCUGAGGACUAGAAUUUCGCCUUAUUGUUUUAAGGCAAGGCCAAGGCUCAGAGCCCCCGUUUCCCCGAGUAAGCAGUGUUCAGGUGGCAUCAGGACCACAACCACCUCCAGAUAACAGCGGGGCUACCCUGCCCCAUCCCAAAGGUUGUAAUCACAGCAUCUGCCUCAAGGUGUUUUGUCUACAGCCCAGCAGAAGAGAGGGAGGGGUCUUGCAUGCUGAUAACUUGGCUGGAUUCUGUCUCUGGGCUGCAAUUCGCCAUCUUCCUCUCCUCUCUCCCCCAAAAGGGCCACUUUUCUUUUUGCUACCUGCUCUGCGCUUUGCUGUUGGGUUGUCUGAGUGAAUUGGCCGGCAGGAAAUAUAUUAUUCUCCCCACCAACACCAACCCCCGUUAAUUGUAUGGAUGGGUUUGAGGACCACCACUGUCUUCAAGGAUCUGGCUUAACAGGGUGAUGUACUGAGAUGCAAGAGUGUUAACCACCAAGGAAAUUGCAUCGGUUCUUUCCAACUAACCAGUCAUCUGGACCAAAAGCCAUUUUGAAAGAACGAUGCAUUCUGAUGGUCCUUGCAGGGGUGUGUUUAUUUUUUCUCUUGUUAAACACACACACUCCCUUGCAAGGCACCAAUACCUCCCAACCCUUAGAAAUAGGGACCCUUACAAUGUCACACCCUUCCCUCCUCCAGAUUCUUCACAAGUCUAAGUUGGGGGGAGGGAUGGGGGGAAGGGGGUGGUUAGAAGUGAUUGCUCCACUCCUAGAUGCAACUUCUCUUUUAUUUUCUUGCCAAAAUGUAGAUGACAAGUAGUGUUUGCAUCCCAGCUUUUUCUCUUAGGAGCCCAAGGUAGUGUACAAAUUUCCCCCACCUCAAUUUAAUCAUCACAACAAUCCCACGAGCUGGGAGAGACUGAGAGGCAGGGACUGUGACCCGAUGUCACACACGGGGAGCUUUGUGGCCAGAGUGGGUUGUGUGUGUAUGUGUGUUGAACCCUGUUCUCCCCUGGGUCCUAGCCCGACACUCUAACCACUAGGCCAUACUGGCUGCUGCUGAAACGUCCUUGCGAAUUGGAACCCUCCUCUUGGAAACUUAAAUUGCUACAUUGGUCAUUCCUGGUUCCUGCCCGGAAUAUCCAACUUGCAGCUUUCUAAAUCCCAUAGGAUCAAUAUCUGCUAAUGGAACCUAGCCUGUGUUGACUAAGGGUGGGGUGGCUGUGGUAUGCUGUGGUAAAGAAAUGUUGAAGUCUCCUCUCUGGAAGGUGUCAGCACCCUUUUCUCCCUUUUCCUCUGCCCCCUAACCUGUCCGCGCAUUUACUUUAUUUAUUUUGUGAACCGAGUGUUGCAUCUGUUGUCUGGUUCCAUAACCCAGAGCCCAAAUGCCAGUAGAUGUCAGCAGACAGUCUUGCUAUGACCCAAAUUGUCCGAGUUAGUUAAAAAAAGUGGGGGGUGGGGGUAGAGAUAUUAUGUGGUUGUGUAAGAAGCCUUAACUUAAGUGUGAGCGGUCUCUGGCUACCUGUGUUGUGUCCUCUGCACUCCCAUCUGUGUAAUGGGUUCAUGCUCACCUUUUGUUUUUAAAAACAAAAACAGAAAAUUAUAAUGCGCCAUUUUCAUAACCAAUAUGAGGCAACUGGAAAACAGAAUGUAUGUACAGUAUCUGCCAGAGUCAAGACUAGAAUCUAGUAACUAAAAUUGGUCCCUGUAGCACUGGCCUUCCAUGGGAGGUUGUUGGUGAGAAUUAGAACCUUUAUUUUUAGGGGGAAGUCCAUCGGCUCAGUGGCAGAGCAUCUGCUUUGCAUACAGAGGGUCCUGGGUUCAAUCCCCAUUAGCCUCUCCCCUGCCUGAGACCUGGGAGAGCUGCUGCCAGUCAGUGCAGACAAUAUUCAGCUAACUGGACCUAUGGCCUGACUCAGGAUAAGGCAUUCUGCUGUGCUCUUGUUUAAUCCAGGCCUUUAUUCAAAAUGAUGAGGACUAGAAUCUUACUCAUUUUUAAUGAGAAAGGCCACAGCUCUGUGUUUUAGCAACCACUUUGCACACAGAAGGUCCCGGGUUCAAUACUCAUUGGUAUCUCCAGUAGACAGUGUACUGAGCUGGAUGGACCAAUGAUCUGUCUCUGUAUUGGGCAGUUUCCUAAGUCCUCCUCCUCCUCCUCCCUGUUCCUGAGCCUGGAACUACAGAUACCAUUAAAUACAUCUAACUUGGCAGUGCUCCACCAGUCAGGGGUGCAGGUACAGCUGCUGAAAACCUGGCUUGUGCAAAAUACAAAGAGUUGCCCCUCUGGAAAUGGCCUGGGUGGGUAGCAGCUUUCCAAAGCAGAGGUCUCACGUCUGGGAGGAAGCAUCGCUGUCUGCUCUCAUUAUUGCUGGUGGCAGGGCCCCAUUGUUGUUGUCGUUUUGUUCCUCUGGUGUGCCCUGUCGUUGCCUCUUCCAACAGUUGUUUUCACUGUGGAAUGUUGCUUUUCGGUGUCUUCCAACGCUGACCUUUUCCUGUUUGCUCUGUGGCCCCAACAGCUUUGGAGUGACGAGGUGGAAAAAGUAAGUAUUUGCCAAUGUUCCAGCUCUCCGAUUUUUCCUUUGCUAGAAAUGUCCAUGAUGAGAAUGAGUUUCACGGGGGGAAAGGCCAAAUGGUAGAGCAUGUGCUUUGUUUGCAGGCAGUCCCAGAUUCAAUCCACAGCAUCUCUGGAGGUGGGAAAGAGCCCUUGCCAGAAACUCUGUAGAACCGCUGCCAGUCAUUGUCAACAAUAAAGAGCUACAUGCACAUGUGCUGCUAUUUAAUCCAGCCCUUUGUCCAGAAUUAUGAGGACUAGAAUCUUGGCUGCGGCAGGGAGAGCUGUAGCUCCAUGCUGGAGCAUCUGCUUUGUGUACAGAAGGUCUGAGCUUCAGUCCCCUGUUUGAAACCCCCAGGGAGCUGCUGCCAUUCAGUGUGAACAGUUCUGAGCUAGAUGGACCAAUGGUUGGUGGACUCCGUUGAAAGCGGUUUCCUAUUUAAUUCCACCUUUUCUUCAGAACCAUGAGGACUAGAAUCUUACUUUAUUUUUAGGGCAAGGGCCGUAACUCAGUAGCAGAGCACAUACUCUGCAUGGAGAAGUUCCCCCCCUUUUAAAAUCCCCAGUGGGUAGGGCUGAGAGAGACACCAGCCUGAAACCCUGGAAAGCCACAGCUGCCAGUCAGUGUAGCUGAGAGAUGGUGGAAGUCCCAGUGGAGGGAUCCUGUUCUAGGGAAGGCUGGCAGGGAGGGACCAGGACAGGGAGGUGUGUGUGUGUGUGUGUGUGUGUGUGUGUGUGUGUGUUUGUGUGUGUAUGCCAUGACAUCACAGAAGGACCUUGUGUGAGUGUGGCUGUUGGGCCAUCGAAGAAGGCCCCUGUGUGAGCAUGGGUGUUGUGAUGUCACAAAAGUGGGUCCUGUGGGUUGGGGAUGCUGUUGACAUCACAGAAGGUCCCUGUGUGAGUGCAGGUACUGCAGCAUCUUACUGGUUGGAGGCAAGGGUGCUGUGACGUCAGAGCAGGGCAAUCUUCAUGUGGAUGAAAGGAGGAUGUUCUUUGAUGUGAGGUGGACCAGGGGACAUAUGGUGGCAGGUUGGCUUUUGGAAAGCCACAAGCAGAGGCCCAGCAAGGUCAGGGGCAGUGUUAGGCUGUCAGAGCAAGGCAAUUCAUGCCUUGAUGAAAGGGGCGGGUGCUCCAAUGGCUGGCAGGCGGGUGGUCAGGGCUCUGUGUGGACGCUGUGAGGUCACAGGAGGAGGCCUGGCGUGUGGAAGGUUCAGGUUCUGUGACGGCAGAGUGCAGAAGCCUAAACAUGUCAAAGGGCAUGGGUGCUUUGUUGCCUGGUGGGCUGAGUUCUGCUUAGAGGUGAGUGGUGUGCAUGUUCUGACAUCAGAGAAGGAAGGUGGAAGCAGACGCUCCCACUGGUGUCAGGGAAGGGGUGGGGAGUGGCAGCGCGGGGUCUGCCCUAAGUGUUUCUGUGGGUCAGGAGGUGACUGCUGUGACAUCACAGGAAGAAGAGGAAAGGAAAGAGUGUGCAGUUGUCAGGGAAGGAGAACCUUUUGGUCCAUACAGCUCGUUAUUGCUCACACCAACAGGCAGCAUCUCUCUCCAGGGUUUCAGACAGAAUCUUUCCCCAGCCCUACCUGGAGAAGUCAUUGGGGACUGAACCUUGAACUUUCUGCAUAGACACUGCCUGCUUUAUCACUAAGCUGUGGGUAUCCUUCCACCUCCGUUUUUUGCUCCGUUAGGCUGGCACUUUGACCACGGAACCCCUGCCCCCACUAGCGACUGGAUAUGAAGGUUGAAAAGGCCAAGAAAUUGUGAAUCUGCUCAUGAAUCUUAGUACCACAAAAUCUUCAGAGAGGCUGGACAAGCUUAUUGACUUGGACAGAGAGUGGCUUCCUAAACGUAUUUGUUUUUCCUCUCCGUAGCUGAUGACAACACAUCUUCUAGGAGCUGCUUUGCAGAGUGGGGUGCUCUCAUUAUUUUGGCAGUUCCCAAAUGGGCUCACCAGACAGUUGCAGGACCCACAAUGACCCUCCGCAGAGCAUCAUUCGGGAAACUCACUGUGGGAAAACUCAUGUUGCUGCCCCCUUGUGGCCAAUGUCCUUUUAAAAGGAAAGUGGGCCCAGUGGAGGAUGCCUCCUGAUGGUGAAAGUUCUGGGCAGUAAGGCUGGUUGCCCUUAAAGCAUUCCUGCUGUCUCUUCUUCCCAUGGCAGCUGGGGAGAGUUUCUGCAUUGCGCAACAGAGAACUCCAACGCAACAAAUGCGCUAGAGGGAAAAGUCAAGGCACAACAGGUUGUGCUCUCUGUCCCUCAGCAAAGUGACCAGGAACUCGUUUUCUGUAUUCUCGCUCACAACAAAAUCCCGCAAGCAGAAAUUUUUUUGCUAACGGGAACAAAUAUACUGCUCAGUGCCUGCAUUGGAUGCAUCCUGUUCUUUUACUUUAUUUCUACUCAGGACCAUUGAGCACACAUUUUUUAAUAUACCCAUUUAUGCCCCUACCAUCAAGCUCCAUAAGGCAGCAGAACGAGAUGUGAAAACUUUCACAACUUGAAUUUAAUUAAAACAGCUGCAGCAAAAGCGUAGGGACCGCUAACGAUCUAUUCUCCCCAGGGCCCUCUGAAACAAUAGAAUAUUAAUGCUGUCUAAACCUCUUUAAUGAAGGAGCCCUGCUGCUGGCAUUCUUUCUUGGGUGGAUGUCCCGCAGUUUAGGAUGGUUGGCUUAUGAGCUCUGACUCUUGUAAGGGCUGAACUUUCCCCAGAAUGAAACAUUUGGAGUGGAGAAAGGGGUUGUUCAGGGGGGAGGGGAAUGACCUAGCAGUGAUUCUCCCAUUCACAACUAUUUUAUUUCAAGAAAAUUAUGCACCAUUUGAUUGUAAGGAAAACCCUUGAAGCCAUUUACGAAAAGAAUAAAACAAGGAAAUUAUGGGUAAAACCUUUUUUUAAAAAAAAAAUAAAACCCGCAAUAAAGUAAAACCAGAUUAAGGCACAAGCCAGCAUUCUGCAUAUCCGGACAGGCUUUGCCUAACCCAAAAUGUUUUUAGUAGGCACCGAAAAGUGUACAGUGAAGGUGCCUGCCUGAUGUCAAGAGGCAGGGAGUCCCAAAUUGUAGGUGCUGCCAUACUAAAAGAUCAAGUUCUUGCACAAGUGAAACUGGUAUUACGUGGCACCUGUAACAGCACCAGUUUCACAGAUCAAAGCUAUUUAUUAUCCACCCUUCACCCUAAGCAACCAGGGCAGGUCAAAACUAUUUAAAAUGCAAUAUUUUAAAACAAAUGAACUACAAUCACAAGAAUAGGGUGGGUCCUAAAAAAAUAAAUCUCAAGGGUUAAAGGUCAGGGCAAAUAGGUGCAUCUUCAGCAUACAACAAAACCUUUACAGGGAAAGUUCCUGGUGCAUCUCUGUGGGGAGGGAAUCCCAUAACUUGGGGAAGGCACUCCCUGGGGCUGCCUCCCCAGCAUUUCUGAGGGUGGCAGAACUAUCAAGAUCUGCUGAUCUUAAAUGUCCUAUAGGUCUGUAAGGAAGGAGGCAGUCCCUUAGAUAUUUGGGGCCUGAGUCGUUCUGUGCUUCAAACAAUAGCCUGAUCACCUUCAAAUGGGCCCGGAAAUGAACCGGCAAAAAGAUCAGGCUGUGUGUUCAGCUUUUUCCAGCUUGUUGACUCCUUUCCCUUGCUCCCCAAAGCCUCUGUGAUAGGAGAUGGGAAACCUUCUCAGCCAGAGGGCCAUAUUCCCAAAUAGGCAACAUUCCAAGGGCUGCAUGGGAGUGGCCAAUGGGGCCAGAGCUGAAAGCUGGCACAGCGAAGGAGGCAACUCUCACUUUCAUUUAUCGUUUCCUCUCAUCCAGUUUCUAGCCACUUCAGCAAAAGUCAGAGGAUUUAUACACCCCCUCCCCCAUCCAGGCAAGAAAAAAAGCAUUACUACAGUUCAACGACUUGUUCCAACCAGGCGAAAGCUCUCAAGGAGUGGCUGUGAGGGGGGCUCAGAUGGUGAAAGGGAGUCUAAUUGGGCAAGGGUCCAAGGGCCAGACUGAGAGGUCUAGGGAUCCACAUUUGAUUCUCAGGCUUGUGGCUCCCCAUCUCUCCUCUCCGAUGACACCCCACUCUAUUGCUCUGUAGGCAGAACACGAGCUCCGGAUGGCCCAGACUGAGUUUGACCGGCAGGCAGAAGUGACCCGUCUCCUCCUGGAAGGGAUAAGCAGCACACACGUGAGUCUCUCUGGAAAAGACAUUGCGUUGCUAUUCAUGCCAAGAGGCACACAGCACUUCAUUGUUAAAACAGUUCCAUUGUUGAAACAAAUCCAUUCACACAUACAACUUUCAAGAUCUGGACAAAAUGGGCAAAGAUUCUGGUCCCAGGCCUCUCACCCAUUAUUUCAUUACAGUUCCACCAUGGUUCUCAAAAAUAAAUAUAGAGCCUAUAAUGUAGGUUGGUUCUAAACACCUAGAUGCCUAGCCUGUAUAAAACCAAACAGUUCUCCCAUGUGUUGGAGAAGAUGUCCCACUAUAGGGACAUAUCAGCACAUGGGGUGGGAGUGUCCCAAAAAUAGAAAAGUUAUGGGGAAAUGUACAGUGGUGCCCCGCAAGACGAAUGCCUCGCAAAACGAAAAACCCGCUAGACGAAAGGGUUUUCCGUUUUUGCGUCGCUUCGUAAGACGAUUUUCCCUAUGGGCUUGCUUCGCAAGACGAAGGGCUUGAUCCGCGCCGCGUGCAAACCGCUUUCACCGUCAAUCUAUCUAUGCGGCAGCGGGGAAUCUAAUAGUAAUAGCAAUCAAUACAUUAUUAGCGUCCGGAAACACAGCCGGUGGUGAUGCUGCCCCGCGCCGCUUCGAAAAGUUCCUAGGCUUCAGCCUUAGAACUGGGAGGGGACCUGGCGGCGACACCCGGCUCGGGGUGGGAUUUCCCCGUCUGCACUCUUAGCACGCGCGGCGACCGCUAGAUCCUGAGGACGGCAGACUGGGCGGGGGGGCAUGAAAAGUUUUGCCUGCCCAUCUCCGAGGAAGCGGGGGGAGAUGAUCCCUGUCAAGGGAAGAAGGGGGCACCCAUUUGCCAGCAGCCGGUGCCCCCGAACCGAGGCUGGCGCCAUCGCCUGUCAAAGUGACCGCAAAGGCGAGCUCCGGUCGCGCGGCCGAGGGAAGCCCCGCUGUGGGUCGUCCAAAGUCAGCCCGAGCACGCCAGUCACCUAAAAGGCAUGGAGAGACGGAGGGAGCGCGCGAGGAUCCCGGUGCAGAGGAGGCUCCUGCAGCAAAAUAAAGGCAGCCGGCAGCCGGAGGGCUCCAGAACACGGAGCUGCGGCGGGGCCGUCGAUGGCGUUGCCGGAGACUCCUCCCUCUGGGCCUCGCUCUCUCCGCUUUCGCCGCUGCUUGCCCUGCCUGUGAUCGGCCGGGCUCAUCGCUUCGCUCCGCGGAGCGCUGCACAAAGGCGUGGCGGGACAGGUGUCCGGGAACGCUUUGGCUGAGCGCGCCCCGGGAUCGGAGGUGUGGGGUGCUUGCUGCAGAUCGUAUCUUCCGGGGUCGCUGGGAUGGCGGCGGUCAGGGCUUGUGUUAUGUAAGCGCGUCAGGAGGGACUGCUUAAGAGGCCGGACGAGGCUUAUGCAAUGGCCAGAUGCUCCCUAGGGGUCGAGGCUUGCAGUUGCGGGAACGAGUUUAUACCUGUAGCCGCUAAGCCGCUAAUAGCCGUGCUUCGCAAGACGAAAAAAACCGCAAGACGAAGAGACUCGCGGAACGGAUUAAUUUCGUCUUGCGAGGCACCACUGUACUUACAGAAAUAUCUUUGAUUACAAGGCAGACAGUCCCCAUGGCCCCAAGACUGGCAUUACUUAAUUUGUACAGUAACAUUAUGUUGCAAAUUAGAAACAAAGAACUCAUAACAUAUCUGUUAACCACUACAAGAGCAACUAUUGCCAGGACACAGAAAUCAUCACAGAUUAAUUAUUAACUAUGGAGCAAUGGCAUAAUGCAAUUUGGCAAGCAACUUUACUGGGAAAACUUACACAAAUAUUAAAAGUAGCACGAGGCCAAAAGAAACCCAACUUUUUUAUGCAGUAUACUGUAACUUUUAUUGAUUACACAAAUAAUGAGGCAUAUGGUAGAAUAGUACCCAUAGUUUACAGCAAAGUCUGGUGUGCACAAACCCUUUUUUUAAAAAAAAAAUCCUCCUGUCAGGGGUUCAGGGAGAGAGGCACAGGGUAGGCAGGAGAUGGAGAGCGAUGGGGAGGAAUUCCAAGCCAGCGAGGAAGAGGAUGACAAUGACUCAAGAGAUUCCAUGAGUCUUUCCAGCGAAUCAGAGGAUUCCCAGAAGGGGCGCCGGUGGUCAAGGCCAGGGAGCCCCAGGGGGGAAGUGUCAGGAGCAGGGUGCCAGCGGAGGAUCCCAAAGUGGCAGCUGGGCGUCAGGACCAGCCUCCCCACCAGAGUGCAGCGAAGGGGGUGGAGUUUCCAGUGUGUCAGAGGAAGCAGCUCCAGCAGCAGAGAAAGGAGGGGGGGUCAGAGCAAGCCGCCCUCCCGGAAGGGGAGGGGAGCAGUGAAGGGAGUAGUGUAACUGUCAAAAGGAAAGUUAGAGGUUUGGCGCGCGCGCCUAGUUCAAAUGUAGAGGCGCGCGGAAGUGCAGGGAGCCCGGAGGAGGGGCCAGGUCCCAAAGCCCGCAGGAGGGGGAAGAGCAGUCUGAUUCCGCGUCAGAGGAAUCCAGGAGGGGCGAAACCCCAGUGGGCAGAAGGACCCUGCGGAAAAGGAAGGAGAGACAGAGCUGGAGCAGCGCAAGUCUCUUAAAUUGGUGCAGGGGAGGGACUGACUCAGAGGGGACUUCAGCGGUCUAGCGUAAGAGACGUAAGGCUGCGCGCCUAGGAUGUCAAGCAAACCAUGUACUGCAAUAAACACCUUUGUAUAUAAGAAGACAUAGGCGUUGGUCUUUUGUGAGCUAAGACUUGAGGCAGCCUUGACACCUCCCCUCUUACAAAUUCCUAUAAAUUAUAAUUGUUGUUGAUGCAGAAUACAUUUUACUAAUGGUUACAAGUCUAAGCAAUUCAUGUCAUUUCAUAGCUGUAGAAACUAAUAAUUUUGGCAUAUAUACUUCGACACAACUUUGUUAAUGUAUUCAGAAAUGUUUGAGGGUUUUAUAUUUUUUUUAAUGUAAUUGUUGCAUGCCAUAUGUUCUAAUGCACACAAAGAUAUAUCUAAACGCAACCAUGUCAAACAGCUUAAAGAUGAAAAUGAAUAAAAACUAUUUUACAAAAUGAAAAAGAAAACCAGAUAAGCCUUGCAGCUGGAUCCACCAGAUGCCUCGAUGGGAAGCCUCCCAGUAGAGCCCCCUCCUCAGUGCCUGGACCUCACCAUUUUUCUCCUUCUUUCUUCAGGUCAAUCACCUUCGUUGUCUUCAUGAGUUUGCUGAAGCUCAGGCCACAUACUAUGCCCAAUGCUACCAGUACAUGUUGGACUUGCAGAAGCAGCUGGGAAGGUAACAAGCUGUCCCAACGAGAUGCGUCCAUUUGGAAACUUGGGUCACAACUGCAACCAUACAUUUACACCCCUCUCAUACCAUUCCCCACCCCAGAAAAAGAGAAUACGGCAAGCUGUAGUUUAGGAAGGGUGCUGGGAACUACAGUUCCCAUGAUUGCUUUUAAAGUGGAGUUAGACUUCUUUAAAUGUAUGGUGAUCUUGGGUUUAAUCCAACACAGGGCUAAGUCUCUCCUUUUGCCAGUGCAGGGAUUUCUCCUUGCACAACAGAACAUUCUUCCCCCACCCUAAAUCUAUUCCAGAGGUCCUCCCAACCAAUCAGAGGGGAUUUGGGCAGGGCCUGGGGCCUAUGCGGGGGGGGGGAGUGGAAAGUCCCGUUGCACAAGUGGAAAUCCGUGAGCUGAUGGGACAGGGCAGUUGAGCACCAUCCAUUGUUCUUAGCUCCAUGACUCUUAACUGUUCCACCCUCCUCCUUUUUAAUAUAUGGGGGUGGGUUUGGCUUUACCUACUGCAGGGGUCUGCUAGCCACUGUCCUGCCUGCCCCCAGCUCAGUCUUGUGGUUUGUUUUCCUCCAUGAACAAGCACCUGCCACCCAUUCACAUUAAACCAUGUUUCUUUUUCAUUCGGGGCUUAAUGCAAUGUGCAGACCAAACUAGCGUGCAGGGAUUUGGAUGCAUGAAAUAAGUAUUUACGACAAGCCUCCUUGGAGCCCCCUUCUGUUGCUCAGGUGGCUGUGAGACAUAGGCAGCGGAACUCAGGCCAGGGACCCGAAUGCGGCCCUCAAGGCCUCAUGUCUGGUCCUUGGGUCUCUCUGCAAGCCACACCCCUAACUAGCACUCUGCACCCCCUUGAGUGUUUUUACCUGUCUGGGAUGUGUCCUUGAACUCUGAUACCUGUUGGCUGCCUGGAUGGAGGACAGAGAAGGGUAUGCACAUGCCACCGAAUUUUUCAUGGCUGAAUUAUUAUUUUACAUGAAUAAAUUUACCCUACUGCACAGAGGUAAGAGUCACACCCGCAGCUCAUCCUCCUCCAGGCCUCUGGCCCUGUUCACUUCCGGCAUGCAGCCCUCAAAGGUUUGCCCCAAAGAGAAACCUGCCUUGGGCUGGGAAAGCUUCCCUGCUUUUGCUCUCUGGGGUUGGUCCUGCAACUUUUCUUGACACAGGAGGGCUGUUCAUUGUCUUCUUCUGUCCCUUUCUCUUCCCAUGCUUUCAGUUCCAGAGGAGAAAUGUAAGUAAAAGACCAAAGACAUUCUGGGUAAUAGAGAGCUAGGGUAGGACAGAUGAAGGGGGAAGAACCCUUGGCAAAGUGUCUUCAUUGUGUUGCCUUUUGCAUUCAUGGCACACUGCUUAGCUCCGCUAGAGAAGGCUUCUUUUCCGUGAUCCCUGCUUUUACAGAAGUGACCUCUCAGGCGGACACUGGGCUGUCCCCCCACCCAACUCCAAGAGUUUUCCUUAUCUCGGACUUCCGGGGUGGCGCCAUCGGUAAUGGCGGACUCCCUCUGAACUGGAGGGACCAGCUCCGCAUGAAACGGGUCUUUUCCGCUACGGCGAAGUGGGGACCCUUCUGGAAAUCACAGGCAGAUGAAGCCUGUGACCGUGGGACUCGGCGGGCACCCCUAGCGCCCCCCCAACCCGCAAAGGAACCCACUAACGGGCUCCGGGCGAAGAGGGGAGUGGCGCGGUGCUGUGAGUCAAUUGCUUUUUCCGUGGAGCGAAGCCGCAUAGCCGUUGCCGGAGAGCGCUGCCUUUUUCCUGGGACAAUUUGGCAUCUAAAAUAACCACCCGUGAGUACUGGAACAUUGAACAUUUGGACCUUAAAUAAGAACUGGCAAAAUAGAAAGGAAUUUGGACUUAAAAAUUUACCUUAAUUUGGUACUGAAACAGUAAGGUCUAAACAGGAAGUCAGCCUUCCGUUUCCUUGUAGCCAGAAUAAAGCAAAGACAACGUAAACUAGAGCUUUAAAAAUCACUUUCAAAGGAUUGGUUUUCAUCAUUUAAAAUUGCUGAACCCCCCCUUCGGCAGCAGGAGAAGAAGGGGGAUCUUUUUUGGGCUGUUUAAACCUGCAGAAGUGAGUUUAAAGCAAAGUAAUUUUCCACCGUCCUGAUCCUGGAGCAGGGUGUCAGAAUUGACGUUUGAAGCUCAUUGACCAGAAACAAAUGUCUUUGACAGAUAGUUAAAAGAAGAGAAACAUAGUGAUUCCAUUGUUUCCUUUCGCAUUUUAAGAAGAACAAAUAUGGACAAAAUACCUUAAAAAGAAACUUUGUUGCUAUUGUUUUUAAAAGAAAGAACAAUCAGAAGAUUUCCCUAGAGGGGACUGUGAAAUUGUAACUAAUUCCUGGGAGCUUGCAGCUGCCACAGAUUACAACCAUGGGAAAGGAUUUGUGACCUUGCAGGACAAUGUCGUCAGAAGCACUGUUGGGUGCUCUCUGCAAAAUAAAUGCCCUAUUGGAUCAGUUAAGCCAGAAGACGGAUUUGAUGACUAAUGCGGCCAGAACCUUUGAACAGGUAGUGGGAAAUUAUAUGGAGCCCACCCAGGAGCUAAAACAGGAGUAUGCCAUGACAGAACAGCUGAGAGAAGAGGAUGCUGCUGAAUCUUGGGCGCCAGAGACAGAGGGAGCUGCGGCCCAGCAGGAACAUAAUUUUUUGGAUUUGACAAAUGAACUUGGAAAAAACCAGACUUGGAAAGAUAAAGUUUGGUUUGGUUUGGAAAUGGGGGGUUGGACAGACCCCCCUAUACAGGGAGAUUUGGACUUUGGACUUUUCGAGUCUGGCAAUGGGCCGUCAGAUGUUUGGAGCUGUGGGGGCUCUCAAUUUUGGAGGGAAUCUGAAACAUGUUUUUAAAUACCACAUAGAGUCUAGUCUGGACUAUGGAAAAGGGGCUGAUUUGUUGAAAAGGGUCAAAAAUAUUACCAAGCUGGAGUUCCCACGAAUGAAAGGAAAAUAUGAAGAAGAGCUGCGGAAGGGACAUGGAAGAGACUUGAGGGCCUCGGAUAUAAGAUUACCAGGUUAAUGUGCUAGAUUAAUAGGAUAAAAAGGACUGACAAAACCCGGGACCAGGAGAAAGGGACGCUGGAUGAAGAUUGGAUUGUUUAUUUCUUUUUUUUAUUAUCAUUAGGAUUGUUCUAUAAAAUUGAUGAAUGCUAGAAAAAUGUUGAAAUGAAAUUACUUGGCUCUUGUAAAAAUGUCUAAAGAAUUUGGUAAGAAUGUUAUGGUUAGGAGAAGUUGGUAAAAAUAAGAUUUAAGUUUUAAACUUUAAGGUUUUCUAUAAGAUAAGAUGAAAAUAGAUUAAGGUAAUGUAAUGACAGAAUACUAUGAAUUAUGGAAAGGAUUUGCUGCGAUUAUUAUUAAUCAGGAUACAAGAAAAGGGAGGAGGAGGAGGUCAAAGAAAGAAGGUAUUGAAAGGGGAGAAUUUGAGAAUGAUGGUUUUAUUUUUUAUUUUUAUUUUUCUGUCUUGUCUUUUUUUUGUGUAAUUAAAAUUCCCCCCCCCCAAUAAAUAUCAUUUAAAAAAAAACCAAGAGUUUUCCUUAUCUAUGGAUAAAGGUUUACUGUUGAGUUUAGGGGUGUGAGCAUCUUUUUUCUUAACAUGUGCAUUUUAAAUCUUUUGUUUGUAAAUUAAUAAAUGAAUGGCAUUUCCACCGUGGCCUUUCUCCCCGAGGAGUCUAGGGCCUCAAACAACAAGCGAUAAAAAGCAUAUUGGAAACCAAUUCCGAUAAAGACGCAGACUGGGAUAGACCUCAGCUUUAAAAAGGACUAUUGAAAGUUGAAGCUCUUCUGAAGGUGCCAAAGAUGACAGAUGUGUCACUUUUCUGAUAGCCUUUUAUUUUAUUUUAUCCUGCUUUGCAUGGGAGAAACACCUGACCAACCUGUUAAUAAAUGAAGUAGAGGUACCUGUUGUGUGAUGGGCUCAGGCCCGAUCACCCCUGUCUCUUACUCUCCCUUUUCUUUCCUCUGCCUUGCAAAGGCUUCCUGGAACUUUUGUGGGCAACGCAGAGUCCACCUCACCUCCGCCAGCCACUGCCUCACCCACCACCAUUGCUGCAGGUGCUGCCACAGGCCCAGCUGUACCCAUCAUUCCAGUGGUGCCCACUGUCAUUGGAGCACCCAACUCUGCCCCUGCUGUUGAAGCCCUGAACCCCAGUGAUGUGAAGCCCCCUGCCAGCGGGACACGGAAGGCCCGGGUCCUCUAUGACUAUGAAGCCUCAGACAGCACUGAGCUGUCUCUGCUCUCAGAUGAGGUUGGUGGUUCUCUCUUUUCUGCCAAGUGAUGCUACAGACAAAAUGUGGUUCAGGGGCAAAGCUGUUGUGUUGUUUAUUUAUUUAAUAAAAAUUAUACACCACUUGAUUGUAAAGAGAAGGGGGGAUGGAACCCCAGUUUACAAAAAAAUAGAAAAGCAAUUAUUUUUUGUAAACUGGGGUUCUUUCCCCCCCCCCUUCUCUUUACACACAGGUGGUGCUGUGGGUUAAACCACAGAGCCUAGGGCUUGCCGAUCAGAAGGUCGGCGGUUCAAAUCCCUGCGAUGGGGUGAGCUCCCGUUGCUUGGUCCCUGCUCCUGCCAACCUAGCAGUUCGAAAGCACGUCAAAGUGCAAGUAGAUAAAUAGAUACCACUCCAGCGGGAAGGUAAACGGCGUUUCUGUGCGCUGCUCUGGUUUGCCAGAAGCGGCUUAGUCAUGCUGGCCACAUGACCCGGAAGCUGUACGCCGGCUCCCUCGGCCAAUAAAGCAAGAUGAGCUCCGCAACCCCAGAUUCGGUCACAACUGGACCUAAUGGUCAGGGGUCCCUUUACCUUUUAUAAAAGCAAUAGAACUGCCCUUAACAAUUUUAAAUUUUGAAGUUAAAAUAACAAUAGAGUAAAAACAGAUGGAAACUCACAUUAGCUUUCUAAGCAUCUGGGUGGGCAUGUCUAAAUAAAAACCUUUCUAGCAGGCACCGAAAAGGGUGUGGCAAAGGCACCUGGCUGGUGUCAAAAGGCAGGGAGUUCCAAAGUAUAUGUGCUGCCACACUAAGAGAUCAAGUUCUUACAAAUGCAGAGUGGAUAUUUUGUGGCACCUUUGGUAAUGCCACUUCUGCCGUUUGAAGUGGUCAAAUGGGCACAUGUAGGGUAGGCGAUCUUGUAAACUGGUCCCAAGUUGUUAAGGGCUUUUUAUAUGCUAACAGUAACACCUUGAACUUGACCCUGUAGCAAAUGGGCAGCCAGUGCAGAUCUCUGAGCGCAGGUGUGAUAUCCUGACAAGGCCUCACUCCUGCCAGCUAACACUCUGCAGCACCAACUGCAGUGUUGCUGGAAACCACAGGACGGGAGGGUAAUCUUGCGCUUGGAUCCUGCUUGUGGGAUUCCCACAAUGGGCAACUGGUUUGCCACUGCGAGAACAAGAUGCUAGACCUGAUGGUCCAUUGGCCUGACCCAACAAGCUGCUCUCAUAUUCUCAUAUUCUCAUAUUCUGCAUUUCGUUUCCCUUUGAUCUCACUUCUUAUAACCCCCUGCCCAGCCAACCAUAUAUAUAUUAUAUAUUUUAGAAAGAGAUCUGUAACUCCAGAUAACACUUUGUGAACUAUAGUCCACAAAAACUAAUGCUGCAGUAAGUUUUGUCAAAAGACUUUUGCCUUUUUAAUGGUUUGCAUCUAACAUAUUGCCUACAACUCUCUGUUAGAUGAUCACUGUGUACAGCCUCCCAGGGAUGGACCCAGACUGGCUCAUAGGAGAGAGGGGCAAUCAAAAGGGCAAAGUCCCUGUUACCUACUUGGAACUUCUCAGUUAAGCACACCUGCCGAGGAUCCUCCAAGCAAGUCACACACCCUUCCCAUGACCUGACAUCGUUUUUCAGAGGCUGCUGACUACGUACUUCCAUCUAAGGCCAUUUGCUCUCUUCUGGGUCAGAUUUUCCCCCCUCACUCUGUGUUUGGAUUAAGGCACAGAGGCGACCAAUGAGCUUUCCAAGGCUUUUAAGAUUGACUCUGUCAACCAUUCCCACAACUGGCUUCUAGAGUUGGUGGGACCAAACUUGGAUUCCCUCUCUGGUCCAAUAAGCCCUUUUGAGGAUGGCUGACAGGUGAAAUGAGGACUAGCCCCUUGCUUUUUCCCUCCUCCUCCUUGUUUCUGCUGCAAUUAUUUGGGUCAAACCAAAUGGAAUUAAUGGAAGUCACCUGUAAUAGGCUGUGUCUUCCCCGUCCUUUUUGUUCCCGCAAUUGUUUUUGACCCACCCACAACCUACCCACCCUGGUCCUGCUUUUAACUAUUCUAUGUAUUCUGCUGGAGUCAGUUGUAGGGAGAGCUGGGCAUCUGUGGCGCAAAAAUCUGGUUUAUUUUCAGAUUUAAGCCAAGCCUUUGGAGUCCCCUUGCAAAGAAGAAUGUUUUAAAUGAACUGUGACUCAACCAGAGGAUGAAGGGGGUGGGGGGUGGGGUUAAAGAGAUGUAAAUGUCAGCAACCCAACUGAAUAUGUAGCACCUCCUGGAAGGCAAAAUCCUCACUUUCUCCCAUUAUUCUUGACUCCUGCCAACAAUUGCUGUGGCAAUGAAAGGAAGAUGAAAAACACUGAAAAAUUAAUGGGUUAUAGUUGUCUUGGCCUGGUUUAGCUGCUUAAAAUACUUGCUAUGAUUUUAUGUGGGGCUGAUUUGUUUGUUUGUGUGUGUGUUAUUUCUGAGUUUACAUUUCCAGCUGUCUUUCCCGCCCCAAAAUAACAUUCCACCUUUCAAAAAGCUACCUUUAUCCUCUCCCCCUCCUGUUGAAACUGGCAAGGCUCAUAACCAGAGUCCACUGCUCAAUUUCUUGACAUGCCCUUCGAUUCUGCCCCACAUUGGUUCAGCUUGCAUAUCCCCAGCCAUGAGGGCAGGAGACUCUUGGAGUAAUGUGAGAUGCAUUCUGAAACAGCCCAUCCUUACCUAUGGGCCUCCUCCAGUUCUCACCUGGCCCAGGUAUCAAGUAAGCCAUAAAUCUUUUGCUGGAGACAAGAACCUGUCUGAGGGGGGGGGAGGGUACUUUAUUUUGUAGGACAGGUCUUAGUGCAGAUUAAACCUUCCAUCCUGCUUCUCCUGGGCUGACACAACCUGGCUGGCUUAUUUUGUGUUUUGAACUUUUAUUUUUUCAUCUUGAGCCUUUUGUGGAUUAUCCUGAUGUAACAGAUUUCAGAGCACUUCCAUAUGGUUGACUUUUGCCAAUAAAACACCUAGCCUGCACUCCUCCUUGUCUUGGCUCUCUUUGGGGCUGUGUGUGUGUGUGUGUGUGUGUGUGUGUGUACGCGCGCCAUUCCCCAAUACCCAGAUUCCACAGAAGGCAAUGUUAUCAAGGUAAG